CUUCCAUUCAUAGCUUAGUAAAUACCCCCAGAAAGCUACAAUUUUCUGACCACAAUAAAUGGUCCUCCCUUUACCCGAGGUGUUCUAUUCGAUACAAUAACCGAUAUCACCCUCGGGCUAUACAGCUCUAACUCCCCUAUCAGAGCGCCAAAACCUCACUCCAACAGCUGCAUGGAACACUGCAAGCACAAGUGGCGGGCGAAGGGGGAGUAAGGUUCUGUUUCCACGGCAACCAAACCUUGCCCUUUGAGUGGCAUUCCCUUCCAGCCAAUCGCAGCCUGAGAAAGCUCCACUACCAACAUCAUCACUGUCAACCCCGCCUUUCAAGUAGCGCUUCGCGGCAAAGACCUAAAAGAAAAAAUAACCACCACACAGAAUAGAGUGGGCGGACACCUUUCCAGGGAUAGGAUCUUGACAGGCGUGGUCUGUGGCCAAUCCCCGCUCUCCUAGUGGUGGGAAUGGACCAAUGGGCUUGCCAGACGGGCGGAGUUGCACAGGUUUCCAAACGCUCGGCGGCGCCAUGGGCUUGAGAGCUAAACGGAGAUGGAAUGUCCCAGUCUGAACCGGUUUCAGCCGGUUGCGAGUGUGUUGCACUAGAGCAGAAGAAGCGCCUGUUUGAGCCUCCCGACUCGCUGCGCCUCACAGCACGGGGACAGCAUCUCCCACAGCCCAGCCCGAGCCACCGGGGAGCCCAGCCCUGUAUGAACGUGCCCGGGCACUGCCUAUAAGCCCACGGUCAUUAUUACUAGCCCCGUCCUGUCUCCUGUCAGUGUGUAGCGCUCACUCUCUGUGGGUGUGUGGAUAUAACAGAGCCCCCGGCCUGGGCCUUCCUCCUCCCCCCCCCAUCCAUUCAUUGCUGACUGAACCCGGCCAAGGGCGGCUGGUCACACUGCCAUCCUGUGUAUACCACACUGUGCGCGGUGCGGACACCAUACAGGCCGGAGCGCUGAGCGGGCUCUGUGUGUACUGACUGCCGGUCACUGCUGCUGCUGCUGGACUCUGUUACACCCUGAGGAGAAGGCGGCUCCAGAUCUCGGUAAGUGGACUCGGCCACGCGUGGGAUCUGUGGGGUGGGUGGCUCCCGGGCGCUGUGUGAUUUAGGGGGGUGUGCUCCAUGUGGGAGCUGUGAGGUGUGAUCUCCAUGGGGGAGGUAGGUGGCCGGCCCCUGGGUGCUGUGUGAGGGGAGGUAGGUGGCCGGCCCCUGGGUGCUGUGUGAGGGGAGGUAGGUGGCCGGCCCCUGGGUGCUGUGUGAGGGGAGGUAGGUGGCCGGCCCCUGGGUGCUGUGUGAGGGGAGGUAGGUGGCCGGCCCCUGGGUGCUGUGUGAGGGGAGGUAGGUGGCCGGCCCCUGGGUGCUGUGUGAGGGGAGGUAGGUGGCCGGCCCCUGGGUGCUGUGUGAGGGGAGGUAGGUGGCCGGCCCCUGGGUGCUGUGUGAGGGGAGGUAGGUGGCCGGCCCCUGGGUGCUGUGUGAGGGGAGGUAGGUGGGUGGCCCCUGGGUGCUGUGUGAGGGGAGGUAGGUGGCCGGCCCCUGGGUGCUGUGUGAGGGGAGGUAGGUGGCCGGCCCCUGGGUGCUGUGUGAGGGGAGGUAGGUGGCCGGCCCCUGGGUGCUGUGUGAGGGGAGGUAGGUGGCCGGCCCCUGGGUGCUGUGUGAGGGGAGGUAGGUGGCCGGCCCCUGGGUGCUGUGUGAGGGGAGGUAGGUGGCCGGCCCCUGGGUGCUGUGUGAGGGGAGGUAGGUGGCCGGCCCCUGGGUGCUGUGUGAGGGGAGGUAGGUGGGUGGCCCCUGGGUGCUGUGUGAGGGGAGGUAGGUGGCCGGCCCCUGGGUGCUGUGUGAGGGGAGGUGGGUGGCCGGCCCCUGGGUGCUGUGUGAGGGGAGGUAGGUGGCCGGCCCCUGGGUGCUGUGUGAGGGGAGGUAGGUGGCCGGCCCCUGGGUGCUGUGUGAGGGGAGGGGGAGCUGUGAGGUUGACCCCCCAUGGCCAGGGGUGAUGGUGUGCUGCUCCCCGCCCUGGAUGUCACUGCGGCCCCUUUAUGCUCACAAUCCACGUGUCUGGCACCGCACGCGGGCUGUGUGUUGUUGUUGUUGUGGUGCUUUGUGUGUCGUUGUGUCCUGCAGCUCACACUGCUGGGGGUGUUGUCUGAGGCCCCUGAAGGGUCCUGGGUGAUUUAAAAUAAUAAUAAUUAGAUUUUGGAUUUUUUUUUUUUUUAUGUAACUGUUUUUUGAAUGAAACGUUGUAGGUGCUAGGCCUCAGGCAGUCCGGGGUGUUUCCUGGGAGGGCCGGGAGGCGGCCAGGCCGGGCUCCUGGGUUCUCUCACGAGUUGUAGCUGGAGUGGAAAUUUCCAGAAAUGUUGUGUGUGGGGAAAGGUCCGCGAGCAUCACGUGCUAGGCAGGGAGGGAGGGGCAGACAGAGGCGGCUGCUGCUGAUCCUGACCCAGGCUCUGGGCCUUCACCUGCCUGGGACACCGAGCCUGCCUCUCCUGCCCGCUGCAUGGCUGCUCCAGGGGGCACCGGGCCCCCCGGCUACCAGGCCAUCACUGGGACUGCAUGUAAUUAACUUUAUCAUCAUUGGUGUGUCGGUAAAUAACUCCGGAUUUAUCACAUGUCGAUUUAUAAGUCACAAGCCGUUAAUGCUCCCCCUGUAUUGAUGGGGUUAAUGCAGGCUAGUCACCUUGCUGGAGUGAUGUGAGCAGGUAAUACAGAAAGGUAGAGACAUCCACAGGUGUUGCAGAACUGAAGUUGCAUUUCCAGGCACAAGGUUUGACAUUUGUAGAUCUGUGUCUCUGUAGGGCCUAUAACACACCCCUUAAACUAUUGUUUUGCAACUGCAUCCCUUAUGUAUCCCAACUCUCUGCUAGACCCGCUUCAGUCUGGUUUCCGUGCUAAGCACUCUGUGGAAACAGCACUGGCCAAAGUAUCCAAUGAUCUAUUCUCUGCAAAAUCUCGGCCACUACUCCAUCCUAAUUCUCCUUGAACUUUCUGUGGCUUUUGACACUGUUAAUCAUCAUCAGCAGCUUCUUCUCAUCCUCUGCAAUAUCGGUCUACAAGAUAUUGCUCCUCCUAACUCUCCCAGUGCUCAUUCAGUGUUCCUUUCUCUCGCUCUGCUUCUUCUACCCAACUCCUCUCUGUUGGUGUCCCUCAAGGUUUAGUCCCUGGUCCCCUACUGUUGUCUGUCUAUACUACCUCCCUUGCUAAACUCAUUAGCUCCUUUGGCUUCCAAUAUCAUUUCUAUGUGGAUGACACACAAAUCUACCUCUCCUCUCCUGAUCUCUCCUCGUCCCUCUUGACUAGUGUUUCUGACUGCCUCUAUUUCGAACUGGAUGGCUGCCCACUUCCUAAACUUAACUUGACCAAAACUGAAAUUCUGGUCUUUCCUCCCUCAAGUGUUACUCCUGUGUCUGUCUAUCUCCAAGUCAACAGGGCUACCAUCAGCUCCACCACUCAGGCUCACUGCCUAGGUGUUCUCUUUGACUCCGACCUCUCCUUCACGCCUCAUGUUAAGUCUAUAGCCAAAUCCUGGCGCAACCAACCCUACUUAACACCAGGUGCGACUAAGGUGCUGGUCCAUUCCAUUGUCCUUUCUCGCCUUGACUACUGUAAUCCGCUUCUGAGUGGUCUUACGUGCUACCAACUUGCGCCGUUACUGUCCAUAAUGAAUGUGGCGGCAAGGCUCAUCUUCUUGUCCUUCCACACCUACCCCUUUCUGUGAGACCCUACAUUGGAUCCAUGUAAGAUAUAGGGCUCAAUUUAAAAUUCUUUUUUUUUUAAUAAAUAUAAUUCUCUACAUAAUGCUGCUCCCACCUAUCUAUCCUCUAUCUAGGCCCUUGCGCUCUGCUGAAGACUUCUUCUGUCCCUACUCCCACCUCUGAUGCUCGCCUUCAAGACUUUUUGAGGGCUGCACCGUUUCUGUGGAACUCCCUUCCCUCCUCCGUUAGUCUCUCACCCCGUCUCCACUCCUUAAAAAAAAAAAAACAUUAAAAACCCACUUCUUCAUAAAAGCGUAUCAAUUAAACUGUUAAUAGCUCCUGACUGAUUCCUGUCUUGCAACUGUCAUCAGUCUAAUACUAUCCUUACCUUUUUGUGUCACUGUACCCCACUUUCUGUAGCAUGUAAGCUCAUUGAGUAGGGCCCUCAACCUCUCUGUUCCUGUGUGCCCAACUUGUCUGGUUACAACUACAUGUUUGUCCACUGUAAAGCGCUGCAGAAUUUGUUGGCGCUAUAUAAAUAAUGUAGCUAUGUGUGCAUCUAUAUAGACGUUUCCACUAGUUAGUGCCCUUCCUGCUGGAGUGUUGGGAGAUCUAGCAUAGGAUUAAAAUGUCUGUUUUAAAAUCAGUUGAAUAUUUCCUUCCUUGGCUGGUAACGUGUAGAGUUCUUAUAUGACCUCUGUGUAUGUGAAUAUGUGCACAUGCUAUAAGAAAACAGUAUGUAUAUGUCCAUUUCUUCUUUCAAGGAAUGUUAACACUAUGAUAUUGAACAAGUCUAGUUGAUUGCAAGGUGUGUAUUGGUGAAGAACACAUUGUAGUGGUUAUGGCGCUUGGUGUGUACCUUUUUAAAACAUUGUUUUUUCUCAGGAGCCUGAUCGGUCCAUGUAUGAUGAGAUGGCCAUGCUUGAUGAUCCCUGAUCCAAUGCUUCUCAUGGCGAGGGGGCAUCACAAUCCACCAGUUUAUCAUUUCUAUUCUAGAAGUACUGAAUCCAAUACUUAUCUGUGAGAAGCAUUAGCUGUAUCUUACCUUGUCAUGCUGAAUGUGAAGACAUUAAAAAAAUUGAAGGUGGAAUCGCCUCUUGUCACGAUCGGACAGCCACAGCGUGUUACAUGCCAGUUAUAAAAAUAAUAUUGUAAAGCGCCGCAGAAUAAGUUAGCGCUGUGUAAAUGCCCAAAAAUUCGAAUAUUUUCAGGAAAGGGUCAAGAUACUUGCACAGUAAGAUGUGGUAGUUUUUGUACUUGGUGUCCCUUUUUAUAAACACUUAAAAGAACACUGAGCAUAAAAUGAAGCUUCAUUAUCGAUAUUUUAUUUAGUGGUAUCGUUUCUAGAGAAGUGAUAGUCCUCCUUUGACAUGUGUAGGUGUGUCUCAUCAUAACCUCACUCAACUUGUAAAUACAUAUUUGCAUAGUUUAAUACGUGUGUAUGUAAGUGAGUUUUAUGUGGUUGUUAUAAUUAAACUAAGUGACUAUGAAAUUGCUCUGUAGUGAGUAGUUUCACCAUAAUUUAAUUUUGCAGACUAGUUUGUUUUGUAUGAAGGUUGGAGACCUUAUACAAAAUAUAUAUAUUUAUUUAAAGUGUCCGCAUUAAAAGUAGGAUUCUCAGUUGGCAAUUAGUCAAUUUGGUUAGGUAUCUGCAUAUCUCUCUAGUAAGGCUUAAAGUAAAUUAUAUUUGCAACGCAGCUGUUAAGGUUAAAUAGAAAAAAAGUGUGCCUUGGAAACUGGUUUAAAAUUAACUAAGAAACACGGUUUUCCACAGCAGUUAUAUUCCAAGAAGUAAAACAAGCAACAUUUGGUGUUGCUCUCCACUCCUAGUACUAUAAUUUCAUUGCAGCCUUACCAGGAUUUUCAUUAGUCAGCAAGCAUCUAUUGCAAGAGGUGUGUAUGAGUGAGGUAUUUCUAUAGCUCUUUAAAGGGUCACUAUAUGUACUUAGACCACUUCAGCUCGUUGAAGUGUUCUGGGUGCAGUGUCCCUGUACCCUUUAGUCCUUCAAUGUUAAUCAUUUCAGUGUUUGAGAAACUGCAAUGAUUACAUUGCAGGACUAAGACUGUCCAGUGGCUGUCAAUCAGACAGCCAAUAGAGGCACUUUCUGGUUGUUAAAGUGAAAUUAUAGUGCCAGUUACCUGGGUCCAGCGCUGAUGUCCCUUGGCGCUGGAUCUGGUCUGCCCUCACUCCUCUUCCACCAUCAGCCGGCUGAGUAGAACUCUCUUUCCCUGCAAAGCCCUCAGAUAGUUACAAUGCCAUUUUUAAUUUAGCUGGGUUUUCAUUUUACUUACUGGCAAUGGCUCCCAAAUACAUUAUAUAGUUUUACACCAUAUGUCACAAAGAUAUGGUGUAGUCAGUGUAAAAUUUUAAGGUUUUUGCUUACUUUCCCUCUGUUCCAGCGACAGUUUGUGGAUGUUGCUCCUUAUGUAAUACCCACCUCCUGGCUGCCUUUAGCUCCACCCUAAUUUGCUCUCCUUGAGUUGGAUUAUGGUCGGAUUAGGGUUUGGAUUGGGAAAAGGGUAUACAGGCUUAUCAUUGAGUUCAAGAACAGGAGCAGAAUACAAAUAUGUGGUGGUUUCAGUAGUGACAGGCGUGGUCUAUGAAAUUCCUCAAAAUGAAAACGUGUGGAAUAAAAACACACUAAUUAGACCAGGAUUGUGAUAAAAUGGUUAAAUGAAUAGUGUCAUAAUAAUCUUAAUUGCAUAUCUUGCAGGAUGUACACUAUAAAUAUUUAUACUUUUGUCUAGCGGUGUAAUCUCGGCAUGCCAAGUUAUGCAAAGCUUUAGAAUUCAGUCCUUGCAGUAUUUGUUUUAUAACUUCGAAAAAUGUAAAUCCUAGACAUAUUGGGGAUUCAUUAACAAUCAGGCCUAACUAGUGAAUCUGUUUUGUUAGUUUCUUUUACUUGCACUGUGUGUUGAAAUUAUUGAAUGCAAAACUAGAAGAAAAGUGUUUUUUUUUUUUUUUUUGUUAAACUUGCCUUUCUCCUAUUCCCUCUUCUCCUCCCCUCUCAAUCUUUUCUUAAUUUCUGAUCUAGUUUUCCUUGAAACUAGAAGGGACUACUUUGUCUUAUGUAUUUUGCCUACGCUUGCCUUUCUUUGACCUGAGGAGGAGCUUAAGUCUGUUCCAUUUGCUGUGCCAGAGAAAAUACUCGCCCUCCUGGUCAAAGAAAGUCAAGCGUAGGAAAAAUGCAUAACAAGACAUAGAAACUAGUCACUACUUUGUCUUAUGUUUGAAAGAAGAUUAGAAAAGAACUGUUUCUGAGAGGAAGAGGAAUGAAAAGGAGAAAUUAAACAGAAAGGGAAAUUGUUGUAGAAUGAAUGCAUGACAAAAAGGCCUUGCUUGCACAUUGCAUCUCAAAAAGCCUUGGUCCUUAAGGGGGUAUAGAAGACUUGUAUAUUUACUUUUUUUUUUUUUUUUUGUUGUAAUUUACACACAGAUUAGACCAAAAAAACCUGAAAAUUGUUUUAAAGCAAACCAGUAUGAAUGUUAUGAAUGUUAUGCAUUGACAAUAUCAAAAUCAGGUAGGAAAAUAAUCUAUACAUUGUGUCAGCAGAUCUUUUUUUACUUUACUGAGAGGGUAGUGGAAGCAUGGAAUAGCUUUCCAGCUGAAGUGGUAGAGGUUAACACAGUGAAGGAGUUUAAGCAUGUGUGGGAUAGGCAUGUUGCUAUCCUAGCUAUAAGAUAAGGCCAGGGACAAAUUUAAGUAUUUAGGAAAUUGGGCAGACUUGAUGAGCUGAACAGUUCUUGUCUGCUGUCUUUUUUUUUUUUUUUUUUUUUAAAUCUAUCUGUCACAAUUCGCGAUUAGUAAUAUACUCUGCACCAAGGGCUUCAAUUACAAGGCAUUCGGUGGCUUAUUCCAAUGCCCAACAUUGAUUCACUAUGUAUACUACCACAUACUUUAUAUCCUAGUAGAUACCUCUGCCAUUAAGCUUUUUGAAUGUGUGGCCUUUAGGCUCACCCCACUCCAAAAUAUAACCUUUUGAACAGAUUAAAGGAACACUUUAAUAAUUACACUUCUUUAUAAUGGUGGAAUUUCUAAAAUAAAGGGUUCAUGUUGUCAGAGACAAUAACAGAUUAUAUUUACUCUGAAAAUGUCAGUACAUAAAGAAAAAAUAUCUAUAUAUUAGAAACCUGAGAACUGAAAACCAGCACCAAACCCAGAAAGUUGUGGGAAUCCGUUUCAUUUUUAGACGAUGUAUAAUUUACUAUUAAAGGACCACUAUAGCCACUUCAGAUCAAUGAAGUGGUCUGGGUGCCAGGUCCCCCAGGUUUUAACACUGCAGCUGUAAAUAUAGAAACCGCUGUGUUUACAUUACAGGGUUAAUCCAGCCUCUAGUGGCUGUCUUCCUGACAGCCGCUAGAGGCACUUCAGCGACGCUUAAUGCGAAAAUCGCAUUGAGCACGCAGAAGGUCCAUAGGAAAGCAUUGAGUAAUGCUUUCCUAUGGGCGGCUUGAAUGCGCAUGCGGCUCUGGCCGCGCAUUUGGCUCCACUCGUGAACUGACGUUGGGGGAGGAGAGGUCACCGGUGCUGGCUUAUGUAAGUGGCUGAAGGGGUUUUAACCCCUUCAGUCCAGCGGGAGGGGGACCUUGAUGGUUGGGGGGACCUGAGGACUAUAUAUAGUGCCAGGAAAACAAGUUUGUUUUCCUGGCACUAUAAUGGUCCUUUAAGCUACAUACCAGGGGUAGGGAAACUUUUGCACUUCAGAUGUUGGACCGCAUUAUCCCUUCUUUGUCAGCAUUAUUGGAGAUGUAGUCCACAACUGCAGGAGUGCUGAAGGUUGCCUACACUGGUUACAGAGACCUGGUAGUUUAAAUUAUAUGCAGUAACCUUUCAACUGUAAUUUGUUACAAAGUAUAAUGUGAAGAUAUUAAAGGGACACUAUAGUCACCAAAACAACGUUUAGCUUAAUGAAGCCGUUUUGGUGUACAAAUCAUGUCCCUGCGGUUUCACUGCUCAAUUUUCUGCCAUUUAGGCGUUAAAUCACUUUGUUUAUGAACCCUAGUCACCUCCCUGCCUGUGACUUGCACAGCAUUCCUAAACACUUCCUGUAAAGUCAUCUACAGUUUAUCUUUCCAUUCUGCUUAAUUUAGAUUUUCAUAUCCACUGCUAUGUUAAUAGCUUGCUAGACCCUGCAAGAGCCUCCUGUAUGUGAUUAAAGUUCAAUUUACAGAGCAAGAGAACAUUGUUGAAGGUAAAUUACAUCUGAAUGAAAGUGAAACCAUUUUUUUUUUUUUUUUUUUUUUUUUUUUCAUUGCAGGCUGUGUCAAUCAGAGCCAGGGGAGGUGUGGCUAGGGCUGUAUAAACAGAAACAAAGUGAUUUAACUCCUAAAUGGCAGAGAAUUGAGCAGUGAAACCUGAGAAGCCUAUACUAAAACUGCUUCAUUAAGCUAAAGUUGUUUAGGUGACUAUAGUGUACCUUUAAUGUAAAGACCUUAAUAUAUUCACAUUUAAAGGGUUAAACAUCCUUGAAUAAUUUACCUGAUUCCAGUGCCGAGGUCUCUUGGCGCUGGUUUUGUCUCCUCAUUCUCAGAAGUUAGCGCCAUGCAAUGUUUACAUUUGGCCAAACGUAUUCCUCUAAUGGCAGUCGGACAGCCACAAGAGGCGCUUCCAAAUCCUUUGGCUUUUCAAAGGAAUUCAUUAUUAUUACUGCAAUUUAUAUAGUGCCAACACAUUCCGUAGCACUUUACAAUAUUAUAAGAGCGGGAUUUAGCUAUAAAUAGGACAAUUAGAAGAAAACUUACAGGAAUGAUAGUUGAAGAGUGCCCUGCUCAAACAAGCUUACAGUCUAUAGGAGGUGUGGUAUAAGACACAUUAGGACAGGAAAUGGCAAUCAAUUAAGGUGGGAGUGAAGCAGAGCUGGAGGAGAGAGUAGAGUGCUCCCGCUUAGGAGAGGGCAAGAUACAGGUAUGGGAGGCCAUAAGCUUUCCUAGAUAGAGGUUUUUAAGGCACUUUUUAAACGAUUGAAGACUAGGGGAGACUCUGAUGGCGGUAGGCAGGCUAUUCCAUAGGAAGGGAGCCGUCCGCGAGAAGUCCUGAAAUCGUGAGUUGGCCGUACGGGUGCGAGCAACAGACAGGAGAAGGUCACGGGCAGAGCGGAGAGACCGAGAAGGGGCAUACCCUAUGGAUCAUUGUAGAGAUAUGAGGGGCUAGAAAUGUUCAGUGCUUUAUAGGUAUGGGCUAGCACUUUGAAUUGACUCCUAUAGGAUACAGGAAGCCAGUGUAAGGACUGACAGAGGGGUGAGGUGUGAGAGGAAAAUAGAAGGGACCGAGGACAGAGCCUUGACGGGACUCCAAUUGAGACAGGACGAGGGGAGGAGGUAUCAUUCGAAAAGGAGACACUGAGCGUUGGGAGAGAUAAGAGGAAAACGACAAGAGGACAGUCACAGAGUUUGAAGGAGAGCAUGAUCAACUGUCAAAGGCAGCAGAGAGGUCAAGAAGAAUUAGUAUGGAGUAGUGGCCUUUGGAAUUAGCUGUGAUUAGGUCAUUAGUAACUUUGAUAAGAGCAGUCUCAGUAGAGUGGAGAGGGUGGAAGCCAGAUUGAAGAGGGUCAAGGAGAGAGCUGGAAUUGAGGAUGAGACAUACAGGUAAAGACAAGUCUUUCAAGAAGCUUUGAGGAAAAAGGGAGCAGGGAUAUAGGACGAUAGAGGGGGAGCACGGGUCAAGAGUUUUUUUUUUUUUUUCAGGUUAGGUACUACAGUGGCAUGUUUAAGGUCAGCAGGGACAACGCCAGAAGAGAGAGAGAGCAGUUGAAGAUGUGUGUUAAGGAAGGCACAAUACAAGUGGAGUGAGGUCUGAUAAAGACUGGCCUGGAUCAAGCGGGCAAGUGGUGGGGCGAAAGGAAAGAAGCCCAGCCACCUCUUGUUCAGUAGCUGGGGAGAAAGUCUGAAGGAUAGGAAAGGCAUGAUCUACGUGUGGUUGAGUAAGAGAACGGCAAGGAGGGAGAAUUCUUUCUUUAGCUGUUCAAUCUUGUCGGUAAAGUAGUAUGCAAAACAAUGUGUAGUUAUGUGUAGCCAUUUUGUUCUCCCCUGCUUGUUGGAUUGGUUUUACUGAUGGAUUGUGUGUAAAUUUGCAACUGAAACAGAGCAUUGCAUUUAAUCUCUACCCAUUGUCAAGUUGUAUCAAUUUGACUGCUGUAAAUCAUGAAAAGUAGUCCUUGCCGUAUGUAUUAUAUGAAAUGUGAACAAUCAGAAGGCUAUAUAGAAGCAGAUUAGGUAAUGUUUUUUUUUUUUUUUUACUUUAAUAUUGGUGAAAUUACAAAUGUAAAAUUAGAGUAUAUAUUAAAACAAACAAACUAUUCGAAAAGGUGAGCAGUAUUUCAAUGUAUAGGGGGGGUGACUGUUCUGUGACUUGGGGUGCCAUAAAGACCUUAUAUUGUAGUGCUCUAAUGGAGUUUGAUCGCAUGGAAAAAGAUUUCUCAAACUUUCCUUCCCGUAGCCUAACCCCUGAAUGAACACCUUUAUUGUUUGUACAUUGCCUAUCAGAACCAAUACCCCACAGCUUCUGGGCAGAGCAGAGAAGCUUUUUGUUUCACAAGUGCUUAAUGAAAAGACUGAGCAACCCAGUGUGACUUGGGAGAACAGAGGUGAGCGAAGUUGGCUGUAAGAAAAAAUGGCCUUCUUUAACAUUUUUAGCUUCCCUUUAAGACUACCGAAAAUAUCAUGCUGCUUCAUUCAGUGCUUAUAUGUAGUGAAACAUGCAACAAACGUCACACAAUUAUUUUAUGAGUUGAUAGGAUCUACAGUUUGCCUUUCCAUUCCCACAUGUUGUGUUGCCACACAAAAUGCUUGGUGUUUGCAUAUUAGACACAAUUUGUUCACCUGCAAUAACACUUGAUAAAGUAAGGUGUAAUCCUUGUACAAUGAUAAGGUUAUGGUCCUGAAAUUAUUCUUUCAUUUCUUAUUUUGUCCUAAUUUUUAGAUGUGAAAGCAAUUGGCAAAACUCAUAUAGGCAAAUUGAUCUGUUUUGACUUUACAAUCUGACAGCUUAAAGGACCACUAUAGUGCCCUGAGGGUGCCCCCACCCUCAGGGACCCCCUCCCGCCCGGCUCUGGAAGGGGGAAAGGGGUAAAAACUUACCUUUUUCCAGCGCUGGGCGGAGAGCUCUCCGCCUCCGUUACGCCCCGCCAGCUGAAUGCGCACGCGCGGCAAGAGCUGCGCGCGCAUUCAGCCGGUCUCAUAGGAAAGCAUUUACAAUGCUUUCCUAUGGACGCUGGCGUGCUCUCACUGUGAUUUUCACAGUGAGAAGCACGCAAGCGCCUCUAGUGGCUGUCAAUGAGACAGCCACUAGAGGAUUAGGGGGAAGGCUUAACCAUUCAUAAUUAUAGCAGUUUCUCUGAAACUGCUAUAAUUAUGAAAAAAUGGGUUAACCCUAGAAGGACCUGGCACCCAGACCACUUCAUUAAGCUGAAGUGGUCUGGGUGCCUAGAGUGGUCCUUUAAGUUGAAUGAACACACAAUGCGUUGACGUUUUCCUCGUAUCCCAUUUGUAAUGUUUCAAACGUGUAUAAAAUCUUAAAGGAACACUUUAAGAUAUUAUUUUAUACAGGUUAACUCCACUUCUAAUGACUGUCCAGUCUACCGAACAGCCCAUAGAGGGAUUUUCGGGUCGUUAGCAGACUUGGUAACCUAAUUGACGGACGCCCUCACGCUAUGCAUGAAUACAUCCAGCGUCAUCAAAAACCCCAUAGGAAAGCAUUUUACAAUGCUUUCCUGUGGGGGUAGUCUUUAUCUGAGCGCGGUGAUUGCCGUGCAUGCACAUUAUGUCCCCCCUCAGCCUGCGGGCAGGAGCGGAGGUGGAGCCUGGAAUCAGGUAAGUGAAAAGAGGUGUAUUUAUUUUUAUUAAACAACUUCUUUACCACGUUGAGGGAGGUGGGCACGAUAGGUACCUAUAGUGUCAGAAAAACAACCUGGCACUAGUUUUCCUUUAAAUUGUGUAAAUAUGUAGAAAUUGGAGUAUCAGGUCAAUAUUUUGAAGUUAUAAGUGACGAAUUCCUGAUUGCCGUACAGACCUUAGGUUUUUCUGGAUUUAACCAUUCUGGCUAUAUGUGAAAUUAUUUUUAAAGAGACUGUGUAGGCACAGUAACUACUUAAUCUAAUUGAUGUGGCUAAUUGGCUAUACUGUCUGUAGUGCCCUGGCAACAUCAUACCUUUCAGUUUUAAGUUGGUUUCUAAUGUUUCAAUACUAUAGAGUUCCCAACAGCCUAUUCUCUUUGGUCCUCAGGCUAAUGCUUCUUCAUUAACCAAGCAGCAGUGGGCAGUUGAGUGUCUGGUGUCCGCAUGUUGCUUUCAGCCUCAAAGUACCCAUUGCAAGUAUGAACCAGAUUGGCUAGAAGGAAUGGCCUUAGCCACGCCUAUAGUAACGGCUAUGGUGUGAUUGGCUUGGGACCAAAACAAAAGCUCUAUAAAACAACCUGUAAUCCUUCCCUCUGCGGCCCAAUACCCCCACAGUGAGAUUAAGCACAAUGAUCUCUGGUCCAAUCUAAUGCUUCUUUGUUAUUUCUAAGAAUUAGAAGCCUACAAUAUAAAACAAUGUAAUGCUUUAACAUUCCAAAAAUACUGACCUAAUCAGACCACGAGGGAUGUUAACGGGGCACUCCAGACCCCUAAAGAUCUUUAGCUUGUUAUACUUUGUGUAUGUAUUUUUGUAUUUUUUUUUUUUUUUUUAAAGUGAAGGGAAACUCCAGUGCCAGGUAAACAAUCCGUUUUCCUGGCACUGCAGGUCCCCUCUCCCUCCAAUCCCCGGUUGCUGAGGGGAUGAAAACUCCUUCAGUCACUUACCAGAGGCAGCUCCGCGGUGCGGCUUCCUCCGCGCCGCUCCUCCCUCUGAUUGCGGUGGGUGAGACUGAUCCCGCCCACUGGCCGGGAUACCUAAUGCUUUCCUAUGGGGAAAUGAGCGACGCUGGAGGUCCUCACACAGCGUGAGGACGUCCAGCAAUGCUCUAGCACAGGUUUUCUGUGCUAUGGACAAGGAAGUGUCCUCUAGUGGCUGUCUACUAGACAGCCACUAAUGGUGGAGUUAACCCUGCAAGGUAAUUAUUGCAGUUUAUGAAAAAAACUGCAAUAAUUACAGUUGCAGGGUUAAGAGUAGUCAGAUUGGCACCCAGACCACUCCAGUGGGCAGAAGUGCUUUGGGUACCUCGUGGAAUGUCCCAUUAAUGGAGACAACGGUCACAUCCUGGUUUGGUUAGCUUAGUGGAGCUAAACUCGAGGCACCAAUUGCCCAGAGCACUAGUUUGCAAAUACUUCUCAUUGAGCUGCUUUGGGAAGUUUGUGAUCAGAAAGUCUAGGCAGGGUUAGGAGAGAGCUUGCAAAGGCAGCAAACAGAUUGCUCUAGGGCAGGGGUUCUCAACCCAGUCCUCAGGACCCCCUACCAGUCCAGGAUUUGGGGAUUACCUGGGUGUGUCUCAGGUGUUUAGAAAAAGAGAAAAAAAACACCUUUGACUCUAAGGUGUUAUUUUUUUGUCUUUUUCUAAACACCUUAGACACACCCAGGUAAUCCCUAAACCCUGGACUGGUAGGGGGUCCUGAGGACUAACGUUGAGAACCCCUGCUCUAGCUCUUGCAAGCUGUUUUUAGAUAUACGUCCCCUGAAAAAAAUGCAUAAUUGCAUUCAUGUUUUCAUUUGGGGUAUAUCUACAAACAGUGAUUUUAUUUUUGAUCUUGGCCAGUGGGGUGUCCUUUUGGAGGUUACUCCAACCUCCAUGACCAUUUCUGCUUUUAAAAGUGCUCGUUGUAGGAGUUUGUAUGUGCAUUUAGAGAUAUUUGCACUUUUGCUCCCUGGCAUUUGUGAAUAUUAAUUCUGUGCAAUCAGCGUGCAUUGCAAGCUACCAACAGAUGUCAUGGAGCAGCCUGCAAAGGGAAAUGUAUCCUUCCCCUCUUUCUCUUUUAUUUACGUUCUCUCCCCCUGCUGUCCAUGCCUCCCUAUAUCCUUAACUUUUUGGGAAAAUUUCCUCUCCCUCCCCUUAUUGGCUCUGUGUGCAUGUGUUUUGAGCUAGUGAGAUGGUCUAAUCAAAUGAUUCUCGAUGCUUAAAAACACCUUAGAGAACCACUAUAACUCCUCCCACUUAAUUGAGUAAGGCAGCCAAUAAUAACAUGCACACUGCUUGUGGUACCAGAGAGAACUAGAAGUCAGGUUGUAAUUACACUGCAAUUGUUUUGUUUUUUUUGUUUUUGUUUUUUGUUUGAUAACUGUAUACAAAGAAAGGGAAUGCUGUAGUUAUUGUACUUGGUGUCAUGUUAAUGAAAAUAGUACUAUACCUAUUAUGGAAUUGAUUGAAAUAUAGGAAAUGUAUGUACAUCUGUAGUCCCAUCUUAUUUACUUGUGUAAUGGGAGUAAAGGUGCUUCCCCAGUGGUACUGCUAUCAAUAGAAUUGUUCCUGGCGCAUCAUUUGGCUGUUUGUGUUUGUGUGUCUCUCCCUCUCUCCCUCUCUCCCUCUCUCCCUCUCUCCCUCUCUCCCUCCCUUGUUUACACCCACACUUAUUGUAUAUCAUUUUAUUCAGGGGAAACAGGGCUUUCAUGUAACAUCAAAUAUUUAGGUAUGUCUCAUGUGUAAAACAGUACCCCCUAUGUGCAGGUUUUAUGUUUUGGGAAGUUAGAGUCAAAUAUAGCGUGUUACAUUUUUCAUUUUUUCACAUUGAAAUUCGCCAGAUUGGUUACGUUGCCUUUGAGACCGUAUGCUCGCUCUCCCUCAAUAGCUUGCUAGACCCUUCAAAAACAUCCUUUAUGUGAUUAAAGUUCAAUUUAGAGAUUGAGAUACAAUUAUUUAAGGUAAAUUACAUCUGUUUGAAAGUGAAACCUGUUUUUUUUUGUUUUUUUCCAUGUAGGCUCUGUCAAUCAUAGCCAGGGGAGGUGUGGCUAGGGCUGCAUAAACAGAAACAAAGUGAUUUAACUCCUAAAGGACAGUGAAUACAGCAGUGAAGUUGCAGGGGAAUGAUCUAUACACUAAAACUGCCUUAUUUAGCUAAAGUAAUUUAGGUGACUAUAGUGUUCCUUUAAUUUAUACCAAACUAAAUCAAGGCUUAUGAAUGAAGCUUUAGGUGCUCUGAUACGUAGAUGUGUAUAGUAGGCACCUGCCCAGUAUGAUUUUUAUUUUAUUUUAUAUACAGAUUUAAGCUUUUGUAAGUAAAUAGGAAAAAGAUAGAGGGACCUCCUUAUAUUCUUUCGAAAUGUACCAUGAGCAGACCCUUUUAUACAGGGACAUCUAAAUUAAGUUGUUAUGGUUCCAGAAGGCCCCUGGGCGCACUUUUACCUCAAGGGGUUAAAUCGUUCUCUUUUCCAUUCGUUGGGUAAGACAUUGGUAUGACUGUUAUGUUGAAGUUAUAUUUAGAAUGUGAAUGGUUAUGAAGUAUGCAUCUAUCAAGUCUUCUGCUUAAAGUUGCAAACAGUUUGCAGUUUGUUUUAGAUACAUGAGCAAAUAUUGUGCUGCAUUAAGCUUUUUGCAUUACUGCUGGGAAGCCAUUUGAAGUAAUGUCUGUAGAUACCUAAAAUCCACUUUAUACGUUUUUUGUAAUGAUUAAUCCCAUGAUGAGGAUAGCUGUAUGAAAACAUUUUAUAAAUAAAUAAAAGCGCACACUGCCCAGGUAUUGUUAGGAUGCCAUGAUCUUGGGGUAGCGGCUGAUAUUGCCAAGAUAAGUAAUCUGUACCAGACAUUUUUGACAUGUGAUUGUUGGGAAAUGCUGAUAGAAACACAGUAUUAGGAACAAUUGUAAGUGAGCAGGCAUCCUUAGAUAUGCAGCUGACAGAAGGCAAACAAUUUUGACAGCUGUAAAACAGUAAGCAUUGGAUUGGAUAACCGAUAUUCCAGUCAAGUGUAUAAAGGUGGCUCUUAGAAUGGCAGAGUAGGAAAAGUAGGCAAGGGAUUGUUUAAAACAUUUCAAUAUACAUGAUUUGGGUAAGGUAGAAAUGGAUAAUCAUAAUCGGACCUAUAUUAAGGUGUUUUAAAAUGUCAGUGUUUUCACAUAGACCUGGAAUGUCAGAAUUUUUGCAGGGACUAAAUUCCGAUUUCACCAUAAGAGGUCCCCAAAAGACACGGCCGAGAAGCACUGGGAUCCUGAAGGCAAGGAGGAAGCAUAUCCUGUACACAAUGUGGAACGUUUGACGAAAGUGGCAAUAUGAUUGAGCAGAGAUAAAAAAUUUAAUCUGCGAUUCCAAAGAUAUAGAUCCCUCCCAAUUUACUGUAGUGAACGGUGGUCACUACUCAUCUGCACACAGGCUUAAGAAUAAGUAGAAAUCAAGAGAAAAUAACGGCAAAAAUCACCUCCAAGAAAAUGCAGUUUACACAAAAGGGAUUUUUCAAAUAUUUGGAAAUCCCCUUAAGUUAUUGAUGAACAGCAAAUCAAUGUUGCAGGAAUAAAGUGCUACUUCCAAUAAUGCUCAGUAUAAAUUGGGGUAUGACACACUAACACAGUAUCAGGCAUAUGCCUGAGGUGUCUCUGGGUGCUUUCAACAUAUAGGCCUCCGUCUGGAGCCAGCCACAAUUUAACUUAACCGUGGGACUGUUGAGAGGAGAGGUGUCUUCGGUUGACCCAAUAGUAGCUUCAAAAUAAGUUUGAAAUGGUGGCCUGUUCAACUGCCCACAAAUAGACAUACACUGAAGCAAGGCUAUUAUGUAUUUGCUGUAUUAAAAGGCAAUAUCAAAGCCCUAUAAUAACUACAGUCUGCUGUUGUGGUUAAGUGCCAGUUGUCCCCUGUUCCACCAGCAGCAGACUUUAUUUUUUUUUUUGAGCACUGUUUAAUAUUGUCCUGGGACACUCUGGUCCUCUGCAGUCAUGUAUUCUCGAUACAGCUAAAUCCAGUUAUAUCUGCAUUUUGUGCAGCUUUUCACAUCAUUCUUUGACUGAGAGUGGCAGCUGUAGUGUAAACAUACUUUUUUUUUUUGUUUCAGUAACUAUUCAAACUUGGAUAUCAAAUGGUAUCCUCUACACCAGGGGCUCCCAAUUAAAUUUUCCAGUGGAACCUUUUGACAUUGUGGGGUUAGUAAACAGAUUGUAGUACUUCUGAGCAGGUGUGCAGAGUUGGUGUUUGUGUAAAAUUUUAGCAUUUUAAUACAGGGAUGUCUUUGAAUAUAGCAUUUGCGUUCAAAGGUGUGUUUGGAUGUUGUAUUUUAAAUGCAUAUGUACAUUUGUGUAUAGUAUAGGUAUUUAAAUGCUUUGUAUAUAGUUUUGGAGAUAGAGUUUAGGGGUGUCUUUGUAUGUUUGCAGGAGUGUGUGGUAUGUUGACGUUUGAUCGCAAGGAUGUCUGUUCAUGUAAUGCCACAUAUACACACAUAUAUAUACAUACACACACUGGAACAUAAAAACACAGAUAUACACAACAUGACGCAUGUAUUUGCGCACACACAUACAUAGAUGUACCCUCUUGUUCACUUACCUUUUUUCUGCAGGAAGGUGACUUUCUUCAGUGUUGAUGCUGGUGUGCCAGGUCGGCAGCUGUUCGCCUUCUUCCUCGAGCCAGUGCGCACCGUCUGGGAGGAAGUGCUGUCACUUCCUGCGAGCAUCCAAUACUACAGGUGCCCGGUGGUGGUCUUAAACGGCCGUGGCGCCUGACUGCACCCCUAUUUAGCGAUGCCCAUCGGUUGGCCCUAAAUGCUUGGGCCACCAGAUGGGCAAAUAGCCACAGAACUCCAAUUUGUGUCUUGCGGAAAUCUAGGGUUCUGCAGAAUACAAAUUGGGAAACUCUGCUCUGCACUAUGCUCUUACUUGCCAUGAACCUCUAUACUAUCUAAAUACCUAGAAUAUCCCUAGUAUAAAAAUCUUUAACAGCAAUUUGUGACAGUGAGUCUGAUGUAAUUUUAUUAUCCCAUUGCCCUUUGGUCCUGAGGUUUACUGUGAAGUCUCAAGAACAUCUUGAUAGAUUCCCUAAACAUUAUGUUGCGAGUGUGCAUAUACAUGCAAAAUUCAUAUUCACCAACUGAAAUUUUGUGUUGUUGCAAUUUGAAGGAAUUCCUCAAUUCUGACAGUUGUUGUGCUGUGAGAGUCGCAGUGGUCAGUGCUUCUUUUGGCACAUGAUUUUUCUGUUUCAUCAUGAUGUGGAACAGCUGUGGUGGAGAGCAUGAGGAUAUGUUUUCACCUGUCUUCUCCAUGAGACGAGCAUCAGAUCGCAAUGGAGCAUGGACCACUGUGUAUGUCAAGAAAAGCCCUGAUUGCUGCUGCUUUCAUGCCAAGCCAUCAUAACAGUGUGAAGGAGGACAGAGGGUGAACUGAUGAGAUGGAAAAAAAGGGGUGGGUGUUUAAAGGGACACUGUAAUCACCAGAACUACAGCAUAUUGUAUUCUGGUGAGUAUAAUCAUUCCUUACAGGCUUUUUGCGGUAAACACUGUCUUUUCAGAGAAACUGCCUAGGGAUAAUGCCACUAGCCACUCCUCAGAUGGCUGUUAGAGAUCAUUCUUGGGGCAGUGCUGCACAUUGGACUAGUGUUUGGGAAAUCCAGCUAUAAAGCCAGCAUUAACCCUUUAAGGACCAAACUUCUGGAAUAAAAGGGAAUCAUGCCAUGUCACACGUCAUGUGUCCUUAAGGGGUUAAGGUGGUCCUUUAAGUAGAAAUUCAAACUUUAACAACACUGUCAUUUGUGUUUUUCUGCUGAUAGUUGUAGGUUGGUGUAAAAUCAAAUUUAAUGUAGGAACAGUACUAUUAUAAUAUCUAUAUCUCUCAAGUCAUUUUCUUCUGGGGGGACAUGGCUCUGGCCACAGUGUUUAGAACUUGUCUAGAAUUUAGGACAUUAGAUGCUUCACUGCUUUUAUUGUGUAUGUUAUUUUUAUUUAAAUAUUUUUGGAAGAGGCAGCCUCAGUGCUUAAAGGAGCACUAUAGUGCCAGGAAAACAAACCAUUUUUCCUGGCACUAUAGGGUUAUUAGCAGUAACAUUUUGUGUAGAUUACAUUGUGUAGACUAAAGGAAUUCAGAAGAAAACAGUCUUAUACAUGGAAAAAGUGUGUGUGUGUGUGUGUGUAUGUGUAUAUAUAUAUAUAUAUGUAUGUAUGUGUGUGUAUAUGUAUGUAUAUAUAUAUAUGUGUGUGUGUGUGUGUGUGUGUAUAUAUUUUAUUUUUUAUUUUAUUUUUUCUCACUACAUUUCCAUUCCCAGAUUUGCGCCAUCCCUGGAUAGCUCUCCCAGGAGUGCCCAUUCUGUCCAAAAAGCACUUGGAGCUGUGGUGUCUUGCUCGAAUGUUCUUAAUGUUAAAGGACCACUCUAGACACCCAGACCACUUCAGCUUAAUAAAGUGGUCUGGGUGCCAGGUCCCUCUAGGGUUAACCCAUUUUUUCAUAAACAUAGCAGUUCCAGAGAAACUGCUAUGUUUAUGAAUGGGUUAAGCCUUCCUCCAAUUCCUCUAGCGGCUGUCUCAUUGACAGCCGCUAGAGGAGCUAGCGUGAUUCUCACUGUGAUUUUCACAGUGAGAGCACGCAAGCGUCCAUAGGAAAGCAUUAUGAAUGCUUUCCUAUGUGACCGGCUGAAUGCGCGCAGCUCUUGCCGCGCGUGCGCAUUCAGCCCAGGAGGAGGAUCGGAGGAGGAGAGCUCCCCGCCCAGCGCUGGGAAAAGGCAAGGUUUUUACCCCUUUCCCCCUUCCAGAGCCGGGCGGGAGGGGAUCCCUGAGGUAAAUGCUUUCCUAUGCGACCGGCUGAAUGCGCGCGCAGCUCUUGCAUAUAUACAGCCUUGUGUGUACUUAAUCACUAUGUCAUGCUUAAUAAGCUUCUAACUAUCCUAAAUAGAAAACUAUCCACGUAUAUUGUUAAAAAAAAAAAAAAAUUUCUCCUCUUCCUCCAAAAUCUAUUUUAUUUAUUUUUAAAUCCAAUUUAGACAAAUCUUUACAAGUAACGUUAAGCCAUUAACCCCCCCCCCUUCCCUUACAAAACUUAAAGCAACACUACGGGAACACAAAUGUAUAUUCCUGACCCUAUAGUGUUAAAAACUCUAUUUAAACUAUAAGAUUGUGCAUGUAACGGAGCAUCACUCUGAAAUUGUCAAUAACUUAUGACUGCUUUUAAGUUAUCAUUUGUGUCCUAUCUUUUGUAUCUUGCAUUCACAAUAAAAAUUGUUUUGGGAAAAAAGCAAAACUCUUUAGCCCCUCGGCCAUCCCCUUUCCCCAUUUAAAUAUAGUAAUAACUCCUCUAAUUUCUAGUGCUGGUGUUUGGCUCCGCCUCCUUGCUGACAUAACCAGAAAUUAUCUUGGCCAAUCACAAUGCUUUCCCAUUCCCAAACUUUAUAAUAGCACUGAAUUUGUCUUUUCAGCUAUGUAACUUUCUGUUGGUACCCAGAAACUUAAAGCUGCCCCCAACCAAUUUGUCCCUUACUUUCUUUAUUGCCAAUUGGAAUUUUGAAUAUUUCAGUUUUCCAGCGGCCCUGUAUGCUACAUUGCACGCAUGUUCUCCGGGUGCACAUACUUGCGAUUCGGGUUUUUUGUUUUUUUUUAACUGCCACCAUUUUUAUUCAGCUGUAUUUCUGUUCUUGCAAGGACAGUGGACUACACAGUGUCGUGUCUGUGUGUGUAAUUUUUCUUAUUAUUCUUCUGGUCUAAGGCUUAUUAAUGCAUUCACAUCUGUUUCCUAAAUGGCCAUCAUAAAGAAGCAUCAAUGAACACGCUGGUUAUUCGUACGUCAGCACAGCUUAUGCAACAUCUAGAAAAUCUGCUAUAUGGUCUUACUGUAGUACUGGUGUAACUUGAAGCCAUGAUUUUUGGAACUGUGAUUUGAGUUCUUACAGCAGUGUGGCACUUCUUUUGUGUGUAUGUAUACUUUUGUGUUGUCUUCACCAGUACAAUAUUGGUCUUGCCUAAUGAAGAUAAUGGAACAAUUAUUAUUUCUGUGCUGUUAUGUGUGACUGUUCAGAUAUUCUUGGGUCAUUUGUUUAAAUAUUUUUCUGUUAACUCUUUCAGUAAUCUAUGCCAGCAAUUAUGACCAUGUUAGCAGACCAUGCAGCGCGACAGCUGCUGGAUUUCAGCCAGAAACUGGACAUAAAUCUUCUGGACAACGUGGUGAAUUGCUUGUACCAUGGAGAGGGAGCACAGGUAAUUUGUGUCACUGAAGAUUAUUAAUAAAAAUAAUUAAUCACAAUGUAUGGGUGUCCUGGUUUUCUUCUUUGUGAUGAUCUAUAAUGCCAAUGCUUGCACAUGGUAAAUUCCUACUGAACUACUUUUUAAGCUUACACAGAACAUUUUCAACCAUUGCUGAGUAUUUCUAAAAGUUGCAUAGUUUUGACUUCAGCAGUGUAUAAACCAUUCACUAAAAUAAAUUGGCACCCAUUUGAAUAGAAUCCUACCCCACUUCACAAGCUCUUACUGAAUAUCUUCCAGAAACUGUGUGUAAGGUUAUGUUGAUGUCUGCAGAAGAUAGAGUAAACUGCUGCAUAUGGCCUCCUAGCUGGAGUGGUUUAGAAACUGCUAGUCAAACUUAGCCACUGUAAUAUGUAAAUCAGGGUGGAGUCAAGGACCAAACUAGUGUGGGUUUGUACUUUCUCAUGAAGAAAACUAUUUAAAUAAAUAGCCACAUCAUUCAUUGCACACAUCGGUUGAAAUUUUCAUUCAUAUUUGGCUACCUGUAAAAUUUUGGCGUUCUGGCAACAUACAUUUUAGCUAGUAUUUCAAAUGUUUGUACAUCAGAAGGUUAAAUUUGCAUGUUUUUCUAAAACAUAGAACCAUAAUGCAAUGUUGAAAUUAUCCAGCAGCAGGUGUAAGUUUGAGCAAAGCAGCAUCUUGUAAAUAAUCAACGUGGAAACAAUAUAAAGGGUUUUUCUUUUUUUCUUUCUCUCUCUCUCUCUAUAUAUCUAUAUCUAUAUAUCUCUAUCUCACACUCCAUACAUGCAAACACCAUCUACUUGCACUUAUAUACCACACACAAAUAGUCUCAUGCUAUGCAAUCCAUACAAAUAUUGGGACUGUGGAGCACACCUUAUUCUGAGCUCUGGGCUGCUUGAAUGUUAUUUAUACAUGCACUCCUCAGCAUUAAGACAUGCCAACUGUCAGAAUCCCCCUACUGGCAACCAAAACUAAAAUCUGAGUUGUCAGACUUGUUGAAAAGGACAAUAUAGUCACCAGAACUACUUUAGUGUAAUGUAGUGGUUCUGGUGUCUAUACCCUGUCCCUGCAGUCCUUUCAAUGUAAACGCUGCCUUUUCAGAGGAAAAGGCUGUGUUUACGUUGCUGACUGGUAACACUUCUAGUUACUCAGUCGGCCCUAGAGGUGUUUCUAUACCUAAACCGCUACUUCAGGUGUCUGUUUAUAUUCCUGACACUAGUGUUACUUUAAUUGGGGGCAUUUUUCUUGUCUAGGAUUGCAUAUGUUUUGAAAUUUCUGCAAUACUUUUUUUUUAACACAGCAAAGAAUGGCUCAGGAAGUGCUAACCCACUUAAAGGAACAUCCCGAUGCAUGGACAAGAGUUGACACCAUUUUAGAGUUCUCGCAGAACAUGAAUACCAAAGUAAGCAUGGGAAAGUAUUUAAAAAUGACUUUUUUGUCUUACCUCCCUUCCUACUUGCCUUUCCAGUAAACUUUGAGGAAGUUAUCUCACUGCUCGGCUAACUACACUGUAUGUAACUGUUCUCAUUACUUUAGAAAACCGUUAAUUUUAGAGAAACUGAUGUGAAAACAAAGUCGAUUGAAAUUUAUAUAUAUUUUUUUUUUUUUUUUUUAAUUGAAGGUUACAUUGAAAGUGGGUUUCUACUUCUUUAGUAUAAUCUACUGAGCAGAAAACAAAGUAUCUUAAAUAGAAAAUCACAGCUGGUCUUGGUUGCACAGUUUGUUUUUAUUAAUUUACAACAGUAAACAAUGUAUUCCAACUGUUAAAAUGUGUAAGUGAAUACUAUCCCAGAUUUUUCUUUCUUUUACAAGUGAAAGUUUUUUUACCUGUUAUUCGGUUCUUUAAUACUUCAGUGUAUCAAAUAUUGCAUUUGCAUGUACGUGUUUGAAUUUCAAUUCUAAACUCUUUUCCUUGGCAUUGUUUGGUUUCAUGUAAACCUCUGUAAUGCUCUGUUCUCAUUGCAAUUAUGUGAUGGUUAAAAAGAACCCUUUAUUGGGAUCACUUGUAUUUCAAGUGUUGGCUAUCUUAACAUUGCCCAGUGAAGCUAGAGCACAUCUGAAUUAAGCUUCCCUUUCAACACCAUGCCUUUAAAAAAAAAAAUAGACUAUUUUGAGAUCUUAAGGUUAUAUACUGUACAAAUGUUUGUGCUUCCAAAAUGACAGUACAUUUUCUGUAAUUCAAAGGCAUAAUUGUCAUGCCUGAAAUAAUUGCCAAUUUCAAGGCUUAAUUUUGCACUCUCUCCUAUCAUAUAUCACCCUUAAUGUUGUUUUCUUUAUGUGGGUUAAACCACUUUCAAACUUACUCAAAGUGCUAACUUUGGUUAACAUUAUUUGCUUGCCUGGUCAUUUUCUGCGUUUGUUACUGACAGACAUUACUAAUGUUUAAGUUGAUUUAUCAACAGCAAUAAUUUUGUUAAAAACUCAAAAUUGUCUAGUGAAAAAAAUGACAUGCUUAGCGGAACAGAAAGAAAGCAACAGGUAAAGAACUUUUCAAUUUACAUAAACUGCAAAUGAUUUGGUGCUAAAAUCUAUGCACUAUUACAUUUGGCUUUUAUGCUAUUUAUUUUUUUAAUAUAUAUUUAUAAAGCUGUUAACACUACCUGAUAAUAUUAAUCAUAAUGUUCCAUUAUGUUGAUUGCUUGUAAUAGGAAGAAAAGGGGUGUCUUCCUGUGCAACUGACACAGCUAGGCUUUGACGGCAGGCCUCCACAAGGUCUACCCUUUUCAUUCCCUUUAACUGAAUUCUGUUCAUCAAUUGUCUUGUUUCGUGGGUGGUUGGGAGGGGGUGGGUGUGGGUUGGUUUCAGUAUGUAGUAAUAAUUAAUAUGAGGGCAUAUAGUAAUUUUUACCACAGGGAUCAUUUCUAUGCAUUUUGGCAUUGCACAUUUGCUGCUGUUUUGCAAACUGAACUAAAAAUGAAAUUCCAAAACUAAGCCUUUAGAAGUAUUGUGUAUAAUAUAUAUAUAAUUUCUUGUGUGUUUUACCCCCACAAGUCAUAAAGGGAAAUAAAAAGCAGGCAGUGUUUCUUUAUUGAUGCCAUGUUCCUAAUUUAAGUAACUAAAUAUUUAAGGUACCUGGGCACUUUUUGCUUCAUAUUCUCAUUUUAAAUUUAGCAUACGUGCAUUAAUAUGUAGUUUCAUCCCUAUGUUCCUUAUUCACAUUUUCUUUUUCCCUAAGCGGAUCUGUCAUUUGAGUUUUUCAUAAAGAUACCAUCUUAAUGAGAUACUCAUUGACUAAGUUGAAAGUUCAUUGAACAUAAUCAUAGGACUAAGUAGGGACUUUCACUGGUUCUCUUUUUAGGAGCAUAAAAAAAAUCAAUGUAUACAUAGUACUAGCAGAAUUACUAGCAAAUAUAUAAAUUGGGAGAAAAGCCUUUUACUUAUCUCAAUUAUCUUAAUGAUAAAUGUGUUGCUUUGGGAGUGGUUAUACAUUUUAUUGAACCAGACAUGGUGGAGUAACCUAUUUUUUUAUUUUAUUUUUUAAGCCUUUUUUUUUUUUCUUUUCUGUAGGAUUAUAUACUUAUUCCGUAAGAACAUAUGAUUUAAAAUGAUCCUGUCAUAACAGGUUAACUUUACCAUGUCCGUGAUCACAGUUUAUUCCAGUCACUGUGCACCCAAGACUUACAGUUUACAUCCAUUAAAAAUAAUGUGAAAUAAUUUGCACUAAUGAAUGGAAACUAACUUUUUUUUUUUUUUUUCAUUUGUGCAAAUUUUUUAGAUUUAAAUUAUUUGGCAAAGUGAAAUGCUUGGUUUUGAGGGGACUGUCCAUGUGAGAUUUUUUUUUUAAAUUUAUUUUUUCUUUCAUAUGUUGUCCCUUUUUAAAAGUUGCAAUUCACAAUUGAAACCAAGAAUUAUGGAGUGUGUUUUUGUUUUUACAUCUGUUAUUUACAUCUUUAACACACCUUUGUCAUGAUUUUGAUUAUUCUUUUAAGAUUCCCCCUUCUAUCUUUUUAAACUACUGAUGUGUAGCUGCAGUGACAAUUUAACUUUUGUCCUUUCUUUCUAAAAUCCUGUAAUAUUAAGUUGUAAAUCUUAUUUAGCUUCAGCUGGAUAAGUCCUUCCAACUUAUGUUACAGAGCAGGAGCUGACAUUUUAACAUUUUCUAAAGAAGCAACGCCCAUGCUUUCAAGUUUUAAACAUUUACCAAGUAUUAAUUGGAUUAAUGGCAUUCUGAGACUUGAAUAUAUCUUGAAAGAUAAGUAAUGAAUGGUUUCCUCCAGGGUUUUUCACCAAUGUGAGAAUUGUUUGCAAUUCAAACGAAACUUAAAAUGUAUGGCCAAAAUAACUCAAUUGGAAAACCAUUCCCCAAGUCAGUCAUGCUUCUAGAUUGGUCUAAAAUUUUAAAUUUAAUUUAAAUUGGACAAGUCUCACUUUAGUGAAUAAGCUUGCCAAUGAACACUUUUAAACCUACUUAAUAUACUAAUUGGAUGUGAUUUAACCCAUCAUCAAUAGAAACACUGCCCAGUUUCCCAUUAUUGUGAACUCAACACAGAUUAAAACUGAUCAAAUGCAACCGACCGUUGAAAACAGCAAAUAUAUAAGUAAUUGUAAAAAUACUUAAAGGCUGGCAUGAUCCCUUUGGUUGAAGUUAUAUUGAUCGACUUUGUUGUACAGUGACUAACCUUUGUAGUGAGAACUUUUAUUCUAGUCAAACUGUCCAGAUUUAAAUAUUUGUUCUGGAAAUUUUUACCUUUCAGCUAUUCAUGUUUCAAAUUAUUUUCCACUCCAGGUAUAUAAAUACCCAUAGAAUUACAUUUAACUAUAUAAAGUCUAAUAGGUCAAAGCACCCUCCCUAACUAUUGCUCUGAAAAAGGUUAAGUAGAAUGUUAACUGUUUGGUAUUGUAAGUUUUGUUUCACAAAACAAAUUUAACCACAUUACUGGCUUAGAUUUAAUUUUGAAAUGCUUUCUAACCAAUUUGUGGUGUCUUGAUUUCAGAUUAUCUAUAACUGCACCAAUUUAUUUCGCAGUGGUGCUAUUUGUGUGUUUUUUUUUUUUUUUUGUUUUUUUUUUUUUUAAAAACACACCUCCCCUCAGAGUUCGGUGUUACACUUCUGUAAUACCCAUCUAUGGUCUGCUCACACUCCUUACCUUUUAGCAGAGUUGGUUAGGGGAUUAACCAUAGCAAACACAUGUUGUUGCUAUGGGUGGAGAGCAGAGGCACCUCCUAUGGGAGGUCUCAUCUACUCUCCCUGUCUCUGUUCCUCUGCAGUGGAAUUGAGAGAGAUGGAAGAAAAAUCUAUUUGUAGAUAUUUUUUCUCCAAAUCUAUAUAUUUGCUAGCAAAACUGAAAAGUUGGAAUUUGAAACUGUUUUAAAAAGCUAAAGCAGUUUUGCCCAUGAAAGGCUCCCUUUAAAGUGAGUCAGCAUGGAAACUGAUGGAAUGUUCCUAGUGAUUGCUCCACUUUUUGAAGUUUCUCUGUUAUUUAAACAUAACAAGUACAUUAUAUCGAGAUUUCAUGAUGAAUAGGAACAAGUUGUCUGAGAAUAGACCAGGGAUGAUUGGUUCUUUGGAGAGGUCUUCAUGAGUUGGUGUGCUUUCCCAAUUAUGAUGGCUUCAAGUUUUUUUUUUUUUAAAAGCUGUAGUCAAAUAUCUAAGAAUGCGCAGCCCUAGGGGAAAUGACAGCAGAGCACAGUUGAAUGUCACUGUACAGUGGAGAAUUCAAAUGGACUUGUAGAUUUUUAUUAUGUUAGGGUGCAGUUGUAGACUACUUUUUGAAGGUGAAAAAGGGUAGCAGUUAAAUAAAAAAAGCAUGCAAGAAACUAAUGUAUUCAUUGACACAGGAAUGAAAUGUCAGAAUAACUUGUAAAAAUAAGCAUGUUAAUAAGAUCUUAGGUAGAUGUUUUGAGGCGAAUGCAUUGUUUUGUAACACAGGAGGUGGGAAAAUAAGUGGAAAUAAAGAGCAUUGCUUUAUUCCUGCCUAUUUCAUCACACUAAUAAUCACUGCAGCCCAUCUCGUGAUUAUGGAGCCAGGAGUGCCGUGUUAACACCUCAUUGUAAGAUGUCAAACAGUUUUAGCACAGUUUAAUAACUGCCCAGGGUGCCUGUGCUACAUCUGGUCUAUUCCAGAAGAAUUGUCAGCAUGAAAAAGGAGUUAAUAGUUGCCUCUUUAACUAUUAAAGAUCUAAUGUUCCUCCAUCCCACUUAAGUGUUGUUGGUGGACUGACCUUUAAUGACUUCUGUUAAAAAGAACACUCCUCGACAGGCCGGUUAGCAGUCAUAGCUACCAGAGUUUAAGAUUUACAACUGCAUGGAAGUGCUUCUUUAAACUUCUUAUUGCUGAUUGACCAUGGUACCCAAAAAAGUCAUGAAUAGAACUAUUUUGGAACACCUUGGGCAGAACUGGAAAUGUGUUUUUUGUUUUUUUUUGUUUCAGGUCAGUAUUUUUAAUGCCCAUAAUUGAACAGAUGGCUAAAAUGACCAAAAUGGUAUUCUUUUGUAUCAGAAGAAUUAAAUUGGUUUACAUGCUUAAGUGCUGAAUACCUGAAAGGUAAAAUAUAACUUAUGCAAAUGCAACUCUUAUUUUGACAAAGUAUAAAAGUUCAUCUCAAAGUUAGUGUAACAGGUCUGUGGUGUGGGAGGUUACUGGGGUGGGGUUUAGCAUACUGAAGCAUUUUCACUCUGCACCUAGAUUCACACCAGUGAAGACCAAUGCUAUUUGCAUUAUUUGUUGUUUAUUCAAUAGGAACAUUAAGAAAAUUUAACUCAUGCUUAACUUAACAUCUAUUACACAUCUUGUAUACUCUUACUGUACUGUUCUUCUUAUUCUAUUAGCCAUUUAUAGUUUUCCCUGAACUCUUCCUGGUGUGAGGUUGAUUAAAUAGCUGGGGUUUUAGAUGAUACAAAACAAAGGAUUGUGCAUGUAUAAAAUACAUGGGGGGUUGUAGAUGUACAUGUUUUAGUUAAUGUGUGAAUGGAUUGGCUGUGUGAUGUUUUAUUGAGAGGUUUUUAAAUUUUGUAAUAUCUUUUGAACAUUUAUAACCACAAAAUCCUCACAUACUUCUGUUCUCCAAUUUCAGUAUUAUGGGCUUCAAAUAUUGGAAACUGUAAUAAAAACGAGAUGGAAAAUCCUUCCUCGGAACCAAUGUGAAGGUAAAACUGUGUUCAUUUCAUUUAAGAGGAUUUGAAUUAUUUACUCUUUAAACAAUAUUACAGAGAGUUCAUUAUUUUGGUUGACAAAACAUUGUCAAAUUUUAGUUUUUGAAUGCAAAACAAUCUAAAACCAGAUGGCUUGCAAAUUUUAAUGUGGAGUUUUUUUUUUAAUAUACUCUAAAAUGCCUUUUUCAUGCUAGGACCAGCAGGUUGUGUGUUAACAGGAAACUAUCUCUUCCCAUGAGUUUAAUUUACUAUACCUUUUUAUCCACUGUAGUAUGUAUUUGUGAGGUGAGAAAUGUAAAACUAAAUGUUUAAAUCUUUUCCACUAUCAGACAUCUGGAUAAUGUCAUUUUAGCACUCUGUCAAUCAUUAUUCAAAGCUUUGUGUUUGGCGUCUGGCAGUGACCAUGGAUAAGAGGAGAAAUCUAAGUUUCUAUAUCUCCUCCUCAUUGACAAUCAAUGCCAUGGCUGUGCAUGGACUAGAUUGGGGUAUACCUUGCUAAAAAAAAUAUAGUAUCUUGUUUGCCUUUCAUUAUUUUAAUUUUAUUUUUAUUUUUUUAACACAAGGGUGCUUGAAGGUUGGAUAAAAACUGGUAGGGACUCACUGCAAUAAGCUAUAGUAAUAGUGCUUGCAGUCCCUUUAACAAAUGUAAACACGAUUUUGGUCAAAACAGUAAAUUUGCAAACCUCUGCUCUUUUAGUUAGCCAACAUGUAUCAAAUUUGGUUUAGAAUUCACUAUUUUUGGUUAACUCCAUGGAGAGGGUCAAGGUUUCCAGCCAUCUAUUGAUUUUGGAAAAGGCAGUCUGUCUACACGGAUCACUUAGUUUUGCCGUCAGUUCUGAUUUCUUUGUGUUCAUAGUAAGGAAUUUAAACUUUGUAUAAUUACAUAUUUUGGGCUUAUUUUUAAAAAAUAUCUUCUCUUGCAUUUUAGGUAUUAAAAAAUAUGUUGUGGGAUUAAUCAUUAAGACUUCUUCUGAUGCAACAUGUGUGGAGGCAAGUAUUUAAAAUAAAUAAAUAAUAUAAUAAUAAAUAUAUAUAAUACAUUCUAUAUCUUAUUUUUAAGUAACCAUUGCUAAAGAGAAUUUUUUUUUUUUUCUUCCUAUGAUAGAAAGAGAAGGUGUAUAUUGGAAAAUUGAACAUGAUUCUCGUUCAGGUACGUGGAACUUUUGGAGUUAUUUUAAUAAUACUUGUAUGUAGUUCAAAACUUGGCUGUAAUUUUAUUAAUCAGAUAAAAUUAAAGACAUUGCUUUUUAGUAAAUAUCACUAUUUAGUAAAUAUAACCCAAAUGAAAACACGAAUUUUUUUUCCAUUUGGAUUAUAUAUAUAUAUAUAUAUAUAUAUAUAUAUAUCUUUAUAUAUAUAUAUAUAUCUAUCUUUAUAUAGAGAUAGAGAUAGAUAUAUAUAUAUAUAUAUAUAUAUAUAUCUCUAUCUCUAUCUCUAUCUUUAUAUAGAGAUAGAGAUAGAGAUAUAUAUAUAUCUCUAUCUUUAUAUAGAUAUAUAUAUCUCUAUCUUUAUAUAGAUAUAUAUAUCUCUAUCUUUAUAUAGAUAUAUAUAUAUAUAUAUAUAUCUCUAUCUUUAUAUAGAUAUAUAUCUCUCUAUCUUUAUAUAGAUAUAUAUAUAGAUAUAUAUAUAUCUUUAUAUAGAUAGAUAUAUCUUUAUAUAGAUAGAUAUAUCUCUAUCUUUAUAUAGAUAGAUAUAUCUCUAUCUUUAUAUAGAUAGAUAUAUCUCUAUCUUUAUAUAGAUAGAUAUAUCUCUAUCUUUAUAUAGAUAGAUAUAUCUCUAUCUUUAUAUAGAUAGAUAUAUCUCUAUCUUUAUAUAGAUAGAUAUCUCUCUAUCUUUAUAUAGAUAGAUAUCUCUCUAUCUUUAUAUAGAUAGAUAUCUCUCUAUCUUUAUAUAGAUAGAUAUCUCUCUAUCUUUAUAUAGAUAGAUAUCUCUCUAUCUAUCUUUAUAUAGAUAGAUAGAUCUCUAUCUAUCUUUAUAUAGAUAGAUAUCUCUCUAUCUAUCUUUAUAUAGAUAGAUAUCUCUCUAUCUUUAUAUAGAUAGAUAUCUCUCUAUCUUUAUAUAGAUAGAUAUCUCUCUAUCUUUAUAUAGAUAGAUAUCUCUCUAUCUUUAUAUAGAUAGAUAUCUCUCUAUCUUUAUAUAGAUAGAUAUCUCUCUAUCUUUAUAUAGAUAGAUAUCUCUCUAUCUUUAUAUAGAUAGAUAUCUCUCUAUCUUUAUAUAGAUAGAUAUCUCUCUAUCUUUAUAUAGAUAGAUAUCUCUCUAUCUUUAUAUAGAUAGAUAUCUCUCUAUCUAUCUUUAUAUAGAUAUCUAUCUAUCUAACAGCUUGCAGAAGCUGAUCAUCUCUUGUCUAACGUCUGUAUAUGCCCUCCCCUUCUAUCCAAGCCCAGACUGUCUGUGGCUGACCAACCAUAGUUCCCAAAAGAGCCCAAUGAGAAGUCUUUGCAAGGGAUGUGAUCUAAGGAAUUUACCUGCCUCUUGAGUUUCGCUCCACUAAGCUAAACAACCGGAAAGUAACAUGAACUGUUGUGUAAUAGGGGGUGUGACAAGGUUAAUUUAUGAAAGUCAAAGAAAAGUUACUUGGCACUAUCCCAAAUCUGUAUGAUUAAAUAACUGGAGCUUUUUAGUAUCACUCCAGUGGCCAUUAGAUUGUAAGCUCACCUGUCAUGUCAAGGUACACUAACAAUACACCUUGCUUCCUUCAUCUACAGUUAUAUUAAAAAAAAAAAAAAAAAAAAUCUGAGACGGGUAUAUUUCUAAACUGUUCAGACUCCCACUACUCCUGGGUGGCAGCAAUGACCAUUAUACACAUCAGCCCCAAUACAUACAAUAAUAACCAAUAACCAAAGAAAAGUUACUAUUGUGUAUAUAUUGUGGCUGAUGUGUACUACGGUCAUUGCUGUCCAGGAAUUGAGUCUGAGCGCAGGACAAUUUUUUUUUUUUUCUCCCAAAUGUGCACUAUUUCUAAAAUAAGGGGGGUGGGGGGGAAUAUAAUGGGCACAUUCUUCCCUCCUAAAGCACAUAAGAAAUCACUUAAUAUGGGCGUAUCUAACCAAAAAAACCACUUGCCUGACUUUCCCAUUUCCCCUUUACUGACAGUCAUGUAUAUGCACUUUUUGAUUUAAUUGUAGUUUGUCUGACAGAAUUCUUCAAGCGGGGCACAUUUUGGACAUUUACUAAAAUAGUGCACUUUGUUAAUGCAAUGAAUAAGUAAGGGUAUAUGGACUAACCUUUUAACAGAAUUUGUUGAGGUUAAUAGUAUAGAGUUUGCACAGAGUUAUUCUGCACGUAAAACAUUACAAAAAAUUUGGGUAAAAGGGCACAAUAUAUGAAUUCUAAUUUGCCAUCAGAUUUGUUUUUCUGAUGCUCAUACUUGGGUAUAUGUAUUUCAGGGGAUGUAACCUUAUUCCUGGAGUGAAGCUCUUGGAUGACUUUACUAAGUGGUUGAAGUGAAGAGUUGUGUGUAAUGCAAUUAUUUGCUAGCAGAGGUCUAGUCCAAUUAAAGUUGCCACUGUAGUAGAUGUGAACUGUUGAAUGCAUAACCUCUACUGUGGCCAUUAUUUCUACUUUUUACCUGGACAGGUUAUACUCUGUUCUGGUUUUAUAGGUCAUAAUUCUUACUCUUAUUUGUUUUUAAAAACAAAUUGGCAAACACAAUGUAUAGAUAUAUAGUUGUGAUAUAUGCGAUGUCAUUUUUAUUGGACAAGUUCACUUUUAUAAUUAUCUUUUCUCAAUUAUAGAUAUUGAAACAGGAAUGGCCUAAGCACUGGCCAACAUUUAUCAGUGACAUCGUCGGAGCAAGUAGGACCAGUGAAAGCCUUUGCCAGAACAACAUGGUCAUCUUAAAACUGCUUAGUGAAGAAGUAUUUGAUUUUUCCAGUGGACAAAUAACACAAGUCAAAGCCAAACAUUUAAAAGACAGGUAAUGUUUGUUUUUGUAGCUAAUGUACUUUGUAGUCUUGUCGUCGUCCCCCUUGAAAUAAAAAUAAAAUAUUCUUUGAAAUAGACUUUAGAAAAACAUUUCUUCCAUGUACACUUCUUUACAAUGUUAUGUAUAAGGCACAGCUGUAAUAAUGCUUAUGAUGCCAGAUUAGAUUUCACACUUCUAAAGGCACACUCUACUCUUAAUCUCAUUGAAAUGGUUAUAGUGUCAAUAGUACCCUGGCAUCACCCCUUUAUUAAUUGUUAAAUUAUAUGUUAAACUGUUUUGGUUUUUUCAAAGGUUUAACACUAAAAGAGAAUUACCUGCAACCCAACACCUAUUAGAGGAAUAGCUAACACAGAGAUUACUCUUCUAUUGCCAUAUUAAUUCAUUCCAGCAGUAAUAGCUGAGAGACUCUCAGCCAAUCACUUAUGCCCAUUACUGCUUAGGCUAAUAUGAAUGUAUUAGCCAGUGAGCACAGAGGUGAUGUACCAGUGUUAAACCAUUCAAAAAUGGUUAUGAAGAGGCUGCACCAGACAACUCCAGGCAAUUAACCUCUUCAUUAACAUAAGAAAAUUUACAUAGUGAGCUCUAUUUGAGGAAUGAUUUGGAUUGAGAGAUCUCCACCCCUUCCGAUUAGGAAACCGCAUUGGACAAAAGAUGUUAAGUGCAUUUGAGAUCUUGCUCUGUGUUUUUUUUAUAGUGUAACUCUUUAAUGACCUUCCUUGAGGACAACUGGAAAAUAAAUGCAUGUGCUGCAGGCUUCCAGGGACUGAGCAUAUUUGCUAAUGGCGAGUAAACCGUACCCAGCACACAAUAGACACCAUAACCACUUCAAGCAGUGGAAAUUAUUUUGUCAUUGUGUCCCUUUAACCGAUUUCCCAUGAAUAAUUUAGCAUUUGUUGAGAUCCAAUUAUGGUAAAAAGUGUUAUGUUGAUCUGUUGCAAAAUAAAACCUGCAUUAAACAAAAACAAAACAGGAUGGCAAAGGCUAUUCUUUUUGAGAAAUCCUUUUAUUGAACAUUUUGCAUGUAACAUUCUACUUUCAUACAAAAUAGCAUGUCAGUUUUUUCUUUUAACUUAAAUAUGGACUUUUCUUUUCUUAUUCCAGUAUGUGUAAUGAAUUCUCACAGAUAUUUCAGCUCUGUCAAUUUGUAAUGGUAAGUUUGUGUGUAUAUAUUUAUAGUUUUGUUAAUUUUCUUCCUGCUAUUUUUGAUUGGUCAAGCCACAUGUAGUUAUUUCUUUUUCAUACAAAACGCAAUGCUUUUGCAAACAGAUCAAAAGAUUAGACUGCAUGUUACUAAAACGUUAUGUUUAAUCACUGUUGGCGUUCAUGUACUCUGCAAUAUGACUUAAAAAUGGAGGAAUUUGUUUACUUGUUUUCUAAACUACUACCAAAGCUGCCUUUCACCAACUUGUUAGGUGUUUUUAAAUUUCACUAAAGCCUCCUUAACAAACAGAUUUCUGUCACUUGCCCGUUGCUCUUCAAGUGACAGAAAUCAGUUUGUAAAGAUGGCUUUUGGAUUACUUUCAAAUAAUUUCAAGGUGGAGUUCAGAGGAAAGACUGCUGUUUAAAUGUUUGUAGAACUAUAUGAACUUAUAGGAAAUACAUUUUACCUCACUUUAGGAAAACUCACAGAAUGCCCCCCUCGUUCAUGCAACUUUGGAAACUCUACUCAGAUUUCUUAACUGGAUCCCCUUAGGGUACAUCUUUGAAACCAAACUGAUCAGCACAUUAAUAUACAAGGUAUUUUUAUUUAUUUUUAAAGUCUGUGCAUGGAAACUGUGUUGCGUUUGUGGUUUGGUUUUGUUUUUUAACUAAAGUGUAAAAAAGUGCUUUGUUUCUUCUCCCUCCAGUUUUUAAAUGUUCCCAUGUUCAGAAAUGUGUCAUUAAAGUGCCUCACGGAAAUAGCUGGAGUUAGCGUGAGCCAAUAUGAAGAGCAGUUUGUAACUCUGUUCACGUUGACAAUGAUGCAGUUAAAACAGGUAGGAAGUCAAAAUGUUUUUAUUUUGUAAUUAUCUUUCAAAGCAGCAGGUCGUUUUUAUCUCACAGCUCUGGAUGUUUGUAAAUGCAUGACUGAAUUUGAAAAAAUGCUUUUACCUAUGCAUAGUAAAUUUGUUAAACAAACCACCUAUUUUCUAUUCAAUGUGUUCUUUACAUCCAGAGAAUUGAAUUGCCUUGUGGUAAUAGGUUUUUUUGUUUUUUUUUAAUCUGAAUCUGUCAAGUUUAGAAUGUGACUUAUUUCUAAAUAUGUUGAAUGAACUAGAUUUCACUUGACCUACCAGGAAUUAUGUGAGUUAGCUUCAUUUUAAAUUUCUUGUCUGUGUAGUAAAACUUUAUGAACUUUGAAAUAAACUUGGGUGUGAAAAUAUAGAUUUAUUUAUUAUAUUUAUGUAGAUGCUGCCUUUGAACACAAACAUCCGUCUCGCAUAUUCAAAUGGAAAAGAUGAUGAGCAGAAUUUCAUUCAAAAUCUCAGUUUGUUUCUCUGUACAUUUUUGAAAGAGCACGGACAGCUUAUAGAAAAAAGGCUAAACCUGAGAGAAACUCUAAUGGAGGUCUGUAACAAAAAAACUGGCUAUUUUUUUACUGUAAUUCUUGCUUAGAUUUGCCAGAUAAUGCAUUGAUUUAAUUAUGCAGUAGUAAUAGAGAUCUCUGAAUUCCUCAUGUUCUUUAAAUGAAUACAGUACACUGUUUAGUAAAAAAUAUACAAAAGCUUGUUUGUACAUGUCUUUCUGCUCACUGUUUUAACUGUGGAUAAUUGCUUUUAAUUAAUGCUAGAUUCAUUGAACAAUUUGGUGGGCUUAUCUUCUACCCCGUCAUUUUAUCAUUCUAUUUACUGCUUCAUAGAUGUAAAACGAUCACACAAUUGCUGGGGUUUUUUUUUUUUUUGAAUCAUUGCAUGUAAGCAUACACUCUGUGGCUGAUGGCCUUAGUUUAGCAACUACUCCACUUCAUCUCAAUGAGCUGCUCUGAGUGCCAAGUGCCUGUUUAACCCUGCAAGUGAAAACAUUGCCUUUCAGCAGGAACAGCAAUGUUUUCAUUGCAGGGUCAACCCGCUUUAGGGAGGUAGCCACUACAGGCGCUUCUGCAGCCUUUCAUAGGCUACUGUAGUAGCUCAGGUGACUUUUGUAGGGAGAGUUUGGCACAGCGCAGUGUUUUGCAUCGCAUGCUCACUAGACUCUCAAUGCUUGCCUUUGAGGAAGCAUUAGAUUGGCUGAGAUUGAGACUGAUGAUCUCAGCCAGCGAGGCGGUAUGCCAGCAUUAUGACCUGCCUGCCGUGGGAUGUAAGGUAAGUUAGGUGAAGGUGGAAUAAAUCUUUUUUUUUUUUUUUUUUUUCUUUUAAUGUUAUAGUGCUCCUUUACUUUUUCAGAAGAUGAUUUUAGUGGCAGCUCUUAAAAGGGAUAUGCAUCACCUGGCAAUUGUUUUUUUUAUAUUUUUUUAAAACAAAUUUCCAAGCCUAAAUAAAAAAAGUAUGUAAUGUUUAUAAAGUUGGCCAGAUUGCAUUGUUGGACACGGCUCUCAGCUAGGGGACUUUUUCAACCUCCCGUCCUCCCUUUUACCCACCCAUCUCAGUUUCAGAUCAGUCCUCUGACAGAAACAGGGUAUCAUUAUGCAACAGUAGGAGAGAGAAACCUGACACCGGAGCCUGCUCUGCAUGAAUCACACUGAUCAGACUCCCUCUCUUCUCCUGUCAGGAUGUUGCAAGGUGAAGAUGUCUUCCAUCUGCACAUGUGUAAAUCUGUCAGGCUUGCCCUAUGCAAUUUUCCAGCAUUCCUAGGGAUAGCACACUGAUUAGAUCAGUGUUCCCUCUAGUGUGAGUGUGGUAAGCAGAAGCCAAUAAAUAUGGGGGGGGGGAGGAGAGGGAGAGACAUUUGCAUGCUUUUUUCAGCUUGCAGAGUGAGGCAACUGUCUUAUUGAAAGCCAAUUCGUUUUGAAUCCGUUGUCUCAAAGUGAUGCAUGUCCCUUUAAUUAUGCACUUGAUAUCUCUAUUAUAAGGUAUUUAAAUACAGCCACCAAACACCUGAAUGCUACAUUUUUUUUUUUGUGUGUGCGAAAACUGCAUACAUGUAAAACUAAAUACUAGCCAAAUUGUUAAUAUAUACAUUAUUUAUAGAUUUUUUUUUUAUUCCUUUUUUUUUUACUCCCUGCAGAGCUAUUAAAACACUUCUUUUUGCAUGGCAGGGUUAGCUUUUUUUUUACUCGGUUCACAUAGAUGGUGAAGAGGUUUUUUUAAUGGCAAUACGUGCAUUCCUGAAUUAGAAUCUGAGUUGGGGCUGAAAAGUCUACAAUAUGCUAAAUAAAUCAUAUUUAAAACUAAUUUACUAAAAUGUUAUGUGAAAUCUACAAAAGAAGAAGAUGCAAAAUAUCUGACAUGUAUGCCCUCAAUCCCCCUCUCUAGGCUCUUCAUUACAUGUUGCUGGUUUCUGAGGUGGAAGAAACCGAAAUCUUUAAAAUAUGCCUUGAGUAUUGGAACCAUCUGGCAGCUGAACUCUAUAGAGAGAGCCCAUUUUCAACAUCUACAUCGCCACUACUUUCUGGUAGUCAGCAUUUCGAUGUUCCACCAAGGAGGCAACUAUACUUACCUGUUUUGUCAAAGGUACUUUGUUUCCUGCAUAAAAUUUUGGCAUACUUUGAUUACAGCCGCUCUGUCAUGUGUUCCUUUCUCUAUCCCCUUUAUACCUUAAUGUUCCCCUUUUUGUUACUUCCCUGUAUUUAUAUUAGUUUUUUUUCCUGGCGCUGAAUCUCAAUAUCCGGGUGCUUAUAUUUUGUUUGUUACAUUUGAGAUUCUUUUGACUGAUUUGGGGUAAAUUGACUUGGCAACUGAAAUUAACAUUUUGACAAUUUGCGGAGCUUAAGCAGAGCUCACACUCCAUGAGAAAAGGUAUAACUAAUAAAAAAUGUUUAAAAAAAUUACGGUGAAUUACAAUAAACAGAGAACUAAAUAUGAAUUUAACCCCUUAAGGACUGAGGCAGUUGUACAAGUUGUGAUCAAAACGUAAAUAAAACCUUGAAUUUGCGUUAUGUCUGUUCAGGCGUAAUUCACCUCUUUUAUAUUAUGUCACAGUUAGAAUGUCACAUAGAACUAAAAAAAUUUUUACAAUUAUUUUUCCCCAUUUUUCUAAUUUUAUUAAUAUUAAAUAGUUUCAUACCUAUAUAUUUGAUGUUUAAUGAAAGCCCUGUUUCCCCUGAAUAAAAUGAUAUAACAAGUGUGGGUGCACAUAUGAGGCGAGGCGAAUUAUGCCUGCACAGACAUAUAGCGCAUAUUCCAGUUUUUGUUCACGUUUUGAUCACAACGUGUACAUUUGGCUGCGUCCUUAAGGGGUUAAGAGAAUUAUUUUGUUUCUUUGCAUAUAGUAUAAUCUAUAACAAUCUUCAUUCUUAAUAUUUCCAAGGUGCGUUUGUUGAUGGUCAGCCGAAUGGCAAAACCGGAGGAAGUACUUGUUGUAGAGAAUGAUCAGGGUGAAGUUGUUCGAGAAUUUAUGAAGGAUACGGAUUCCAUUAAUUUAUACAAGAAUAUGAGAGAAACAUUAGGUAAUAUUUCAUUUUUAAUGUUCAUUUGCAAUCACUAUCUACACGACAGAAAAAUAUCCUUUUGCAAACAUUUAAAAAAUGUUAUUGUUUUAAUUCUUUGUUUUAAAAAAGUCUGUUUUAUGUGUUUCUGCUAGAAUUACUUAAAGGAUCACUAUAGGGUCAGGAACGCAAACACCAUCUGGCCCCCCUUGCAGCACUAAAUAUAGUAAAAUCUUACCUGUAUUGCAGUCUGCUGGUGACUCUGCCUCUGAUUUGCCUGCCUGACUGACAUCAGAAGUGAUUCAGCCAAUCUCCAUGCUUUCCCAUAGGAUUGGCUGAAAUUGUCAAGGAGGCAGGUAAGGGGCAGAACCAAACACAACCGUGGCCAAUCAGCAUCUCCUCAGAGAUGCAUUGAAUCAAUGCAUAUUUAUAAGGCAAGUUCAGUGUCCCUAUGCAGAGGGUGGAGAUACUGAAUGUAUCUCCCAGAAAGUACCUCUUGUAGCCAUCUGAGGAGUGGCAAGUGGAGGUAUCCCUAGGCUGUAAUGUAAACACUGCACUUUCUCUGAAAAGACAGUGUUUACAGCAAAGAGCCUGAAGGGAAUAAUUCUACUCACCAGAACAAAUACAAUAAACCAUAAUGGUUCUGGUGAUUAGUGUCCCUUUAAACAUUCAGCCACAUUUUUUUUCUUUAUCACUCUUGCGUGCAUGUGCUUGGGUUUGUGUGUUUUUUGUUUUUUAGGAAUCCAAUUACCUAUACUAGAAAACAAAAUUAGGCACUUCUUAUAAUUUCUUAAAGAUGAUAACUGUUCUUGUCUUAAUAAGCAUGCUCGGUUUUGUUUAUAUUUGGUAAAUGGUUGCCUUUGUACAAAUAUUCCAACUAGGCACAGGCAUUGAAUUUACACAUAUAACAUGUAAAGUUAUUUUCUCCAGAAAACUGUGGCUAGUUUUUUUAAAACCUCUUCUGAAAAUCCUUUAUAUAUAAUCAAGAACUUUGUUUAUCUCAUUUUGCUGCUCUCAUUUAAUGGGGAGGUGGGUGGGGUUGUAUUAUUGGGUGAAUUCAAAUCUUUGCGGUGUUUCAUACCAGGAGUAGAUUCAUUAAAGGAACACAAAACUGUAUUCCUAAAUGUAAUGGUCUACCCUCCUCCCCAGGUGCACCGCACCCAGGCCAAUUCAGUGAGAUGAGUCUGAGUGCCUAGAAUGUCUCUUUAAUUAAUUGCAUUAUUUAAACCUACCCCAAAUGAAGGAUUUGUUUUAUUUUGUGUUUUCUCUCCAAUUGUUUUUUCUUUUGUAGUGUAUCUUACCCACUUGGAUUAUGCUGACACUGAGAGAAUAAUGACAGAAAAACUUCACAAUCAAGUCAAUGGAUCAGAGUGGUCAUGGAAAAAUCUAAAUACCUUAUGUUGGGCAAUAGGGUCAAUCAGUGGAGCGAUGCAUGAGGAAGAUGAAAAGCGGUUUCUAGUUACAGUUAUUAAGGUAAGCAAUUAGGAAAUCUUAAGAUACUUAUUUUGUGAUCUUGUAACGUAUGUAGUGUGCAGAUGUGUUCAGUUUGCAGGAAAGCAAUGCAAAACCAAAUGUUUAAUGCAGGGCUUUUAAAAAAAACAAAAAAAAAACAUGAUUUGACCUUUAAGCACCCUGACCUUUUCACAUGUGCAUUCUAAAAAGUAAAAUGUAACCUUUUCAGGAUCUUCUUGGACUCUGUGAGCAAAAGCGUGGCAAGGACAAUAAAGCAAUCAUUGCAUCAAACAUUAUGUAUAUUGUCGGCCAAUACCCAAGAUUUUUGAGAGCUCACUGGAAAUUUCUGAAGACCGUCGUUAACAAGUUGUUUGAAUUCAUGCAUGGUAAAUAUAUUCAAUUUUUUUUUUUUAAGUUUUGUUUGUCCUAUAAAAGUUGAAAGAUUUACUGUAUUGUUGCAUACCUAUAAAGUUUUAUGUUGAUGAAUAUAUUUUCUCCUGCAAAUUUUCAAGCAUUCUAACCCUACUUUUUAGAGACCCAUGAUGGUGUACAAGACAUGGCCUGUGAUACUUUCAUCAAGAUCGCACAAAAAUGUCGAAGGCAUUUUGUACAAGUGCAAGUUGGGGAAGUUAUGCCUUUCAUUGAUGAGAUCCUGAACAACAUAAACACCAUAAUUUGUGAUCUUCAACCGCAGCAGGUAGGUCUGUUUUUCUCCACCUCAAGUGUAACUAAAAUUGUAUUUAAACUGUUUUGCUGUGGGUUGGAAUUUCAAUAAUAUGCGUUUAAGUUUUGGGGGGGUGGGAGAGGGUUGUUUGGUUUUUUUCUUUUUUUUUUUGCUGUCACUUUUACACUCCCAUCCUUCUAAAAUUAUGAAAAUCUGAGGUGACAGUGCAGCAUGGAAUAAAAAAAAAAAACUGUUAAGACUGUGAUAGUGCCUUCUUUUAGAAAUGGUUUAUUUCUCAAAAUGUCUUGCGAAGCACAUUAUUUCCAUGCAAGUUAUAUGCAGUGUUAACAAGAUAUCUUUGUGUUUUAGGUUCACACGUUUUAUGAAGCAGUUGGGUAUAUGAUCGGAGCUCAGACAGACCAAACUGUACAAGAACACCUGAUAGAAAAGUAUAUGUUGCUCCCCAAUCAAGUAUGGGAUAGUAUUAUUCAACAGGCAACAAAGGUGGGUUUACACACUAUCUACAUCUUAAAAAAGAACAUUAUGUUUACUCAUAUUGAUGUUUGACUUCUUUUUUGGUCAAGGUUUGUCAAUUCCUAUGAAAUGGGAACAUGUAGAACGGAUACAUUAACUAGCUAAAGGGUUACUCCAACCCCCAUGACCACUUCAGUUCAUUGAAGUGGCCAUGGUCUUGGAGUCUAUGUGCAGUGUUUAUGCUUGAAACCCUGCAUAUACAGUUAUUUUAAAUUGUGUGCUGGUAAACUAUUCCUGGCUACCUAUUGUCAAUUCUGAUAGUAUUUUAUGUCUGUCAGAAUGUCUACCCUCCCCCUCCCAUUGUGUGCUCCUUUUAUUGUUUGCAGGUUUUACUGCAUAUAGAUACUACUUAUGUUUCCCAAUAAGACAUAUUACACAGGAAAGGUCCCAAUCCAGUGUGUUGGAGUAACCCUUUAAAACUGAAUUUGUUAUAUCAUACAUUUUCGAUAUUGCAGUUGGAGUAUAAAUGUGUUCAGGGAAACUGCAUGUUGCAAGGAUUUAACUGUUGCAGCAAUGAAACAUUGCUUACUCAUUAGCAGCUGUAAUGCAAUUAUGUAAGAGACGUGAAAAUGGCCGCAGAUUGUGAAUUAAAUUUGCAUGUGCUGAAUUCAAAAGGUAAAAAGCUGGGCAAUUGAAUAGUAGUCUCCAAACUGUUUCAACCUAUUUAUAUCGCAAUAAAGUCUGAAAUCUGGGCAGUAAGUGCACACGAAUGGUUACGAAUGCACACAGUAAUUAAUAGAGAAAUUCACACUAAGAGGAAGUUAAAAUAUGAUCAAAGUCCCAGAAAAUAUAUUUAUUUGUUCCUAAAGGAGCAGCAAAGAAAACUGAAGAUUAGUUGGGGGUCAUCUCCUUUAUAGACUGUGCUUUAUGUUGGUUGGUUACUGUUCUACAUUGGCAUUUCAAGUUUUUUUUUUUUUUGUAACCCCAAUCUUUAUUAACAGUGUUGUUGCUGGAGUAGUAAAGAAGGCAGAAUUAAAUACAUAGUUUGUUAGCCUUAUGGUGACUCCCGUGUCUCUAAAAUUUUACCAAGUGAAUCCUUGCAGGACGUUUACUGAAGUAUUCGAUUACAUAUUUGCACAGCUACUAUUUUCGCUUUUGUUUUAUUUGAUUGGUCAAGUUGCAAAAAUAAUUAUUGCAUAUAUUACCUGUUGGCACAUCUGUCCUAGGUAAUCACCAGAUAACCUGCCAUGGUCUUAGUUUUAUCCCGACCAGGCCACACACUUAACCCCUUAAGGACACAACUUCUGGAAUAAAAGGGAAUCAUGACGGAAUAUUUCCGUCAUGUGCUCUUAAGGGGUUAGAGUACUUAGUACUUGGGGGAACUCUUUAGAGACAUUCAAAGGAGUCUGCUCUUUAUUAAACAGAAUACAAGUGUUAUAAACACGCAGUAAACCACUUAAGUAUCAAAAAAGUGCGUGGGAUGAAGACUAUCUUGGUGCAGCUAUCUGUAUACAUAAUUAUUUUCUUCCAGUAGAAUAUGGUCUAGUCCUAAACUAAAUUAAAAUGUUUAUUUUUAAUAAAAUUCUUAUUACUGUUCCUUUUAGAAUGUCGACAUACUGAAAGAUCCAGAAACAGUCAAGCAGCUGGGCAGCAUAUUAAAGACAAAUGUAAGAGCAUGCAAAGCUGUUGGUCACCCUUUUGUAAUCCAACUUGGAAGAAUUUACUUGGAUAUGCUAAAUGUGUACAAGUGCCUCAGUGAAAACAUUUCUGCAGCUAUUCAGGCAAAUGGUAUGUAUCCCUUUUAAUGUUCCUGUCAAAGUAUUUUAAAUGCGUUUGCAGAAGGAUGAAACAGUGUAUUUUUCUUUUAGGGGAAAUGGUCACAAAGCAACCACUGAUAAGAAGUAUGAGAACUGUUAAAAGGGAAACUUUAAAACUAAUUUCAGGAUGGGUCAGCAGAUCGAACGAUCCACAAAUGGUGAGUCUGUUUUUUCCCUUAAUUUUUUUUUUUUUCAAUUAAAUAUUUUAUUAAAAUGUAUUGCAAAUGUUUACGAUUUAUUUUUGUUUUAAUAAAUUUUUUUGCUUUUCGCCAGGUCGCUGAAAACUUUGUCCCACCUCUGCUGGAUGCAGUUCUAAUUGAUUACCAGAGAAAUGUGCCUGCUGCCAGAGAACCUGAAGUACUUAGCACAAUGGCUACUAUUGUAAACAAGCUCGGGGGCCAUAUUACAGCUGAAAUACCUCAAAUAUUUGAUGCUGUUUUUGAAUGCACAUUAAACAUGAUAAACAAGGUACAUAUUUCUUACAUGGUUUGGAUUGGAAUCUUUCAUACAGACUUGAAACCUUUUCUGUUGUGUUCUGGAGAGAGGUUGUAAACAGACUUGAGGUACUUCUCCAAAUUUCCCUUAUUUGCUGCAGUUUUAACUCUUCUAUAGUGACCACAAUCCCAAAUCUCAGGGAUUUCUCUGUAUGUAGAUUGGUAUCCUAGUAGAAAUAUUUCGAGACAUGAUUGAAACUAUGAUAGAGCAUAAUUUGCCUUGGCUUACUGAAUAAUUCAGGAUAUUUUAUGAAGGUGUCUGCUAGUUAAACAGCUAUAUCAAUCUUGACUGAUCUUGGGAAUAAUAAUCUUAUCUGUUCAAAAAUAUAAUGGAGGACAUUUUAAGUGCUGGAUGUUUGCUAUAAAUGUCAAUUAAAAUUACUUUUCUGGAUCGCAGAAUUUUUUUUUUUUUUUUUUUUGUUUUUUUUUAAUACUUGGAUAAAGUUUUUUACACUUAGUAUCGCUCUCCCCACAGGACUUUGAAGAGUAUCCAGAGCACAGGACAAACUUUUUCUUACUUCUUCAAGCUGUUAAUUCCCAUUGUUUUCCAGCAUUUUUGGCUAUUCCUCCAGCACAGUUUAAAUUGGUUUUGGAUUCUAUCAUUUGGGCUUUCAAGCACACAAUGAGAAAUGUUGCAGACACAGGUAACAAACUACAUUUUGGAUAUUAAUUUGAUUGUCUCUUGCGGGUAUUUUUUCUUGCCGUUGCGAUCUUGUCAAUUUUGUGUACCAUUUGCAAACACUGAAAUUCAGAAAAAAAUUUCUCCCCCUACAGGCCUUCAGAUUUUGUACACGUUAUUACAGAACGUUGCCCAAGAAGAAGCUGCAGCACAGAGCUUUUAUCAAACCUAUUUCUGUGACAUACUUCAACACAUCUUUUCUGUUGUGACAGAUACCUCACACACUGCUGGUAUGUUUUAUUUCAUUUUCCUGUUAAUCUCUUUAGAAAUUGGGACAUUGCAUUGUGAAGAAAACAUUAAUUUGACAAUAUAUUGGCAUAUCUUGUAGCAAUAACAUUUUAUAUCUAUUUUUUUUAUUAAAGGGGCAUUAUAGGCACCCAGACCACUUCUCAUUGAAGUGAUCUGGGUGCACUGACCCUGUCACCUUAACCCUGCAGUCUAAUCUUGGGUAUAAGCCUGCCUCUAAUAGUGACUACUAGGCAGUCACUAUAGGCUCUUCCUGCAGUUUCUUGGAGUUUGACUCCAUGAAAUGACGCUGGACAUCUUAAUGCUUUCCACAAGGACAUCCAGUGUCUUAAAGUCCCCCAAUGGAAAGCAUUGCGAAAGGCCUAAUGCACGUAUUUCAUGCAUAUGAUGUACCCCCUCAAAGACAACUAGUGCGAAAGAACCUCGGGACUGGAAUAAGAUAAGGUGAUUGUGGGGGGUGGGUUCAGCAUUGUUUUUCUUAAACAUGAUCUAAAGUGACAGCUAUUUGUUACUGUGGUUAAUGCUUAAGCAACAAGCUCCAGUUUGGGGUAUAUCAAAAGUUCCAAAUGGUUACAAAUUUGGUAACGUUAAUGCAGACUGUUAUUGUAUAUUAGUUAUAAUUGCUCAUCAGUAUUAAAAUCUUUUCUACAUUUACCUAAAUUUUGUGUUCUCUUUUGUAGGUUUAACCAUGCAUGCUUCAAUUCUAGCAUACAUGUUUAAUUUAGUGGAAGAAGGAAAGAUAAAUACACCCUUGAAUCCAGCAAGUCCUCUUAGCAACCAGUUAUUUAUUCAGGAAUAUGUGGCAAAUCUCCUAAAGUCAGCCUUUCCUCACCUGCAAGAGUAAGUAGAUCAUUCUGUAAAGUUUCCAUAUGGUAAAUUACUUAAAUAAAUUACUUAACUAAAAAACAGUGGAAAAAGAGAAAAAAAAAUUUUAAUAUAUGUACUUUUCUUUUUUUUUUUUUUUUUAUUUUAUUUAUUUUUUUUUUUUUAGUGCUCAGGUAAAACUGUUUGUGACUGGCCUCUUCAGUUUAAACCAAGAUAUUCCAGCAUUCAAAGAACAUCUUAGGGAUUUCCUCGUACAAAUAAAGGUAUGUUAUUUAUUUUAUUUAUUUACUAUCGUUAUCAAUCUGUGUCCCUAUUGAAUCAAACUAUGUGUCAGUAUGAGCACUUGUAGGUACUUUGUCGCUCUCCCUUCCAAUGUGGUUUAUAAUUGUAGCAAUGUAAAAAGUGGUGUUUUCUCAUUUGUGUCCAAAAAUAGAACCCACUGCACAUUAGCUGAAAGUCAUUUGGCUGCUAUUACAUAAUUUGGCAGUACUCCCUCAUCUUACCUAUGUGAUGGAAUUCACUGUAGCUGGGUAACAAACUGCAUACUCCAAAAAGCCUCACUUCACUAUUCGAAUAAGAGGGAUCUGAAUGGAAUAUAGUCUGGAGAGUCCAUGAGGCACCCUCCUUGGGGCGAUGUAUAUAUCUCAUGCUGAAAUGUAGUGCACUCAGGGGAUUUGUUGCAAUUUUUCUCCAGACCGAAUACAGGCCUUUUUAUUUAUUUUUUUUAAAUCUUUUAUUUAGGAAUAUGCCGGGGAAGACACAUCAGAUCUUUUCUUGGAAGAAAGAGAAACUGCUCUCCGACAAGCGCAAGAGGAAAAACACAAACUUCAGAUGUCUGUUCCUGGCAUACUCAAUCCACAUGAAAUUCCUGAAGAAAUGUGUGAUUAGAUUUUAGAAGCCAAGUUAUGCUGUUGAUUUCCCUCCUCCUUCUGAACAUAAAUUUUGUUCAGGAAAAACAUCACUUUGAUUAUCGUUGACCAAAAUGAUGCCAAUUUGUAAAUUAUUAUGUCACCUAGUGGCCCUUUUUUCUUAUUAUGCGUUUUUUGUAUAAGAAAUUUUCUGUGAAAUAUCCUACAAUUGUUUCAAAGCUUUGGUCAUCCUUAGGUUUGCAUGAUAUUAAGGAUAUGUGUGUAAAUAUAUGUUUAUAUAUUUACACAUAUUCAUUUUUUUUCUGCUCUCCUUUUAAUUCUUUCAUGCCCAUUUUGUGGCUUUGGGGUGAGGGCAAGUAAAUUGAUCUAGAACAACCCAAGAACCUAUAUUUGUUAUGUCUGUUGCAAGAGCAAUUCCUCACCCUUCUGAACAUACAAUUUUUAAUUAAGUGAAGUUUUUUGUUUUUUUUUUCUCCUAGUUUAUAUUGCAGCCUAGAUGGAAUUUCAGCAAUUAUAACAAAUUUGACACUGCUGCAUUCUCCGAACAAUUUUUUUUGUUUUGGUUUUUGGUUGAGGUGGGCAAUACUACAUACAUACUGCAAGUUGGAAAGAAAAAAAUUUUGCAGCAAGAUCAUGUGCAUAUCAUCCCAUUGUAAAGCAAUUUCAGAAAAUAUGGGAACACAGUACAGUUAGUUAUUUUUACACAGUUUUUGUUUUUUUGUGUGUGUGCUGUCGCUAUGUCGACAACAGCUUUUUGUUUUCCUCAAUGAGGAGUGUUGCUCAUUUGUGAGCCUUCAUUAACGAGAAGUGAAAUGGUUAAAAAAAAAAUAUUUAUCCUGUUAGAUUAGGCUUGCAUCUUUUUAACAACUCAUACAAUUCUGGCUUUUGAGAUGACUUGUACUAAUUUACAUUGUUUACCAUGCUGUAGUGCUUUAAGAACACUACUACUUAAAAAGCAAAAUAAACUUGGUUUACAUUUAUCUC